GGGGUUGAGGGGGGGGGAGGCGAGGGAAGAGGGGCGGGACGGAGCGCGCGAGCAUGUGAAGAUGGCGGAGCUGCAGAUGCUGCUGGAGGAGGAGAUCCCCGGGGGGCGCCGGGCCCUCUUCGACAGCUACACCAACCUCGAGCGGGUCGCCGAGUACUGCGAGACCAACUACAUACAGGUACGGCGUUACGUGUCAGGGCGGGGGCGCGCCUUUCCCCCAACCGGGUCUGGUCUCCACCACCCCCCCCCCAAAAAAAACCCCCGCCGCCCCUUGCUGAGGGGAAAUCUCGGGGCGUCCUACGUUUCGUGCUUCUGGAGGCCUGGAACCCGGGGUGUGGGGGUUGGGCGGUCGUGGGAAAGGGCGACACGCGUGUUGCGGCGGGAGAGGCCGCCUCGGCAUAUCUUGGGCGCUGGGAGAGAUGCUCGCUUUCGCAGGCUCAGCCCCGCGUUGUGUGUGGUUUUUUUAAAACAACAGUGGAGCAAGCCCGUGGACAUUUUUUUGGGGGGGAAACCCAGCCAGAUGGGCGGGGUAUGAAUAUUUUUAUUUAUUAGAUUUCUGUCCCGCCCUUCAUCAAAAAAAUAUCGGUGCGGUUCACAAGAGAAAUAAUAAUAAUACAUGGGGACGGGCUCCCUUUUUUGCCCUCCCGGUGACCCUCCCCUGCUGCUCGCGGCUCGCAGAAGCCGUGGGAUCGUUCGGAUCGUAGAUCUGGAAGGGACCACGAGGGUCAUCUAGCCCACCCCCCAGCCCCCUGCAGCGCAGGAAUCCUUUGCCCAACGUGGGGCUAGAACCCACGACCGUGGGAUUAAGAGCUCCGAGGAAACGCUUCUCGUUCUGCAGCGUUGUGUGGAGUGAUUUGUGCUCAUGCUGCGCUUGUUAAGUGUGUGUGUGUGUGUGAAUGCGCACACGAUUCUUGGCAGAUGCUGCUGUGAAAUGAUUUGAGAACAGACCUUUUCCCCUUUACAAUGUGUCGCUCCUAGAUAGGUGGUGGCCAGAUGUGCAUUCAUAAAGGACUGCCUUCUUCCCUCCUCCUCCUCCUCCGCUAAGAAUAUCACAGUAUGCUCGGAAUAAAAGGAUAUUAGUUGAUCUUGUAAUUCAGACUUCCAAGCCACCAGACUGAGGUGAUGAUGUUAAGCUGCAUCUUCAGGGCUCCUCCUGUGAUGUGGUAGUUGAGGUUACUUGCAUCUGGGUGGGUUAGCAUUUUGGUAUUUCUGCUGUGUCUUGGGGAGAAGGAAAAAACCAACUGAGUUUCCUUCUGAAUAAACAUGCUGCGUGCUGAAAUUAUACUUGAAUAUUCAAACAGGCAGUUGGCCUAGCUUAGGUUGCAUGCACAAUAUUUUAGAUUGCAUCCUCGCCACACCAGCCUUUCAUGCACACUUGCAGGAGAGAGGUGAUACGGUUAAUUCUCAUAUUAUUGCAUGGUAUGCAGUGUCAUUAAAAUGUCACAUUGAUACAAUUCAGCAGCUCUCUGCCUGCUGACUGGCAUUUUGUCUUUCAAAGAUUUUUCAAUGAAGCUGCCAUGUCAAUGACUGCAUAGUGAAAAGAUGCUGAGGAAAAACAAGGCAAAUGAGUAGUAGAUCUCCAAAGGCACAGGGAUGGGUGCAUAUGUGUAAGUUCUAAAUAUAAAUAAUGGCAUAAUGAUAAAUAAUGGCAUAAUGACAGCUUGUCUUCCACGCAUUGCUGAUUAAAAGGGAAAUCGGAUAUGGCUAACAACUGAAUGCAGGUGAUUUUGCUUCAAGUGGGCAUUGUGAAGCUGCAUCUGUUGCUUCAGUACAUGCCUAGGUUUUAUUCACGUACCUUUUAUCUUAUUAUUGAAGUCUGCGUUGCCUUCCAACUCGUUCUAAUGAAUCGAAGCUUUCUGGGCUUUAUGUAAAGGAAUGGUUAAAGAAAAGAAAGGCAAAUUUAUUUUCUCUUGGCAUAGUCAGGGCACUUUACAACAAGUGAAUUCUGCAACCUGUUUUUGAUUUGAAAAAUAACAUAGCUUGGGGCAUGUAAGGGUUGUGAAAUCUUGGAAUUUGUUUCCUUAUAAGUGUAUCCAUUAUGUAAGUAUAGCAAGUUCUCGAGGAGAGACCAAGAAACAGUAAAAGACAUUUAUAGAAUGUUUCUCUGUAUCUUCUAACAUAUUAUUUGAAGAACAAGGGAAGGGUGGAGCAUUUACAAUGCCACAAUGAGAAUAUGCCAUAGCUGUCAAUUUACAGAUUUGAAAAUAAGGGAGCAGCAGCCUAGAAAAUAAGGGACCAGCAGCCAAAAUAAGGGACCUGCAGCCUCACCUGUUCCAGGCACUCCAGUCUUCCUGUCCUCCUGCAGUCUGGUCAAACUCAUGCUGGUAGCUUCGAGAACACUGUCCAACCAACUUCGUAACCAGAGGUUCAACUGAAUAGAAUCUGAAUCACAUGCACCACAAGGCCUAUGCAGCCUCAGCUUAAGAUGGCUCCCCGGCCUGGCUUUGCACUGCAAAGUUUGCAGCAGCACGUGCAACAAAAUGGCAUCCAGCAUUCAAAAGCCCCCUCAGCUUGCAUUAACUAGCCACACACAAGCUCCACAUGCAAGCUCCACCCCCAGUCAUUCUUAGACUUCUUAUUGGGUGAGCAACACAGCCAAGCAACACAGUUGGAGCCUCCCUCCUCCUGGCCGGCAGGGAGAGGAGCUGCUUCCUUUGAAAUUUAAGGGACAUCAUUUAAGGGACAUCUAUCAAUAAGGGACAGCAGUGGGACAUGGCGCUGGAAUAAGGGACUGACCCUUCAAAUAAGGGACACUUGACAGCUAUGGAAUAUGCAUUGAUUCAUUUGCAUUAUUUGAAUGACCAGACCUAUUAAUUGGGUUAUCUUUGUGUGUUCAGAGAGCUUUUGUAGUUGAUCUGCCUUGGUGCAUGUACCAUGGUUUCACCAUGGUGUCCUUUAUGCGUAAUAGCUAAUGGUCUGAACUAAGCAAAAGUUUUUCUUCUAUAGCACAGGAUGAAUGAGAUCUUUUUUGCCAUGUUGCAUCAUGGUGGGAACGGGUAGGCUUGCAGGAUUUUUUGCUUUUAGUUUUAAUAAUAACGAUGGAAAAUAUUCUGGCAUUUGACCUGGAGAUGAUUGAAUUUCUGAUCAGGUUUUGCUGAAAUGGUGGUGUGAUGUGGCGAGAGCAAUUAUCAUCGCCCCCUGAUAUCAUAGCCUUGGAGAAUUUUACUGAGGCUUGCAGAAGGUUAAAGAAGUAUUGUUUGCAGAGGAACAUAGAGUCUGAUAUAAUGAUAGAAAUUUUAGCCAACUGUGCAGAUCAAAGCUUUCUCUUCAUAUAGUUCUGGUAACAAUACUUCUUGAGCUGAGAUAUUUUUCUGUCAGAUUUUUGAUACUUGUUAUAUUACAUGAUGUAAAGUGGGUAACUAAUAAGGACCAGAGUGGAAGAUAGAUCUUGCUCAGUUCACAUGUAAUUCUAAGCCAAAACAUGGAUAAAAGAUUGUGAUACUCCUGCUACUGCAAGCUAAGCCAUGAUUUGACUUACGUUGUCCAAACCCACGGUCAUGCUUUGUUUUCUUCAAACCAACCACAAGCUGUAAACAAAGAACAAAGCUUGGCUACCGCUUGUGGAGUGAAAUAAAUCGCAAGCCCAAAUUCUGAUAACACUCGAUUAAGUCCAACCAUAGUUUACCUUAUAGCAGCACAGCAGCAACAGGACUGAAGAAGGAACAAAGCGGCUGCAGUCUCAUCUCCAUGACUCCACAUGCCUGCACAUUUGGGCUAACCUAUAGUUUGGCUUAGUGUUACAUUUGAACUGGGUCAUUGUGAAGUUGGAAAAUGACUCAGAAUCUGCUAGUUUUCAGAAUGGCAGUUUCCAGUGGAAAACAAGGUAAGGCUGGACCACUGAAAACUAGUUUUCCUCCCAGGAAUUCCUGGAAAAAUGAGAACUUCAAAAUCACUUAAAAACCCCACUUUGCAACCGUAGUUUUUGCUGUGAUAUGGGCCUAAUUUUUUAAAGAAAGCAAGACUAAAAUAACCUGGAUGUGUCUUUAGCCCAUGUAUAUUGUUUUGAGUGCAACUUAACUAAGCAAAAAAGGGAAUUUACAGAUGCAGAAAUUAGAUUUCCAUUUAAUUGGAACAGAUGUCCUCUGUUGUGCAAACUGUUCUCAGAUAUGUUGGCUUAAUUCUCUGUGUGUUUACUCUGAAGUAAGGAUCACAGUGUUUAGUGGGGGUUACUUUUAGGUAAGUAUGCAUGGUAUUUGUAGCCUGAGUGAGUACUGAAAGGAUCUUCAGCACUUGCACCAAUUUUUGAAGAGUUAAUGUAUGUGUUGAAGUGAGCCUGCUGCUUCUAAAUGACAUUUUAUACUCCCACAUAAGUAUAUGCAUGCACUGCUUUUUCAUUUGCAACAUAUGCAAGUAGAAACAUGGUCUUUUCUGCUCUACUCAUGCAUAUUUUUAAAGGAAAAGGGGGUGAUUUAUACACGUGUGCACCCUUCAUAUCCGAAGUGCAAUGCAUGUAUUUUUACAGAAUAUUAUAAAGAAGCAGCCUAACACAGAUAGGUGAAGUGGGAUGUGAAGGCAGCUUGUAUGAGCCAGCGAUUUGCAAAAUGCAGAUAUAAGAAGAGGCUGUAACUACAGAGGAUUCUUGCUAAGCAUAUAUGGGGUACUAGAAUUCUGAAAAUGACAUUGUGGAUAGUACUACACUGAAAAGUAGCAAAUCGAACAAUGUUUCUCACUUAAUAUUUUAUGAUUUCUUGAAGAAAUAUGUAUACACAUGCAGGUGUUGAGUGUUCAGUAUUGAAGUUAGUGUAUCAGAAUUUAUCCCAGAACCUUACUUUGUAAAUGGUUACAGUUCAGAAUCUGCUUUUUUAUACAGUCAUAGGCCAUACAGUCAUACCUCGGGUUACAGACGCCUUAGGUUGCGUGUUUUCAGGUUGUGCACCGUGCCGAACCCGGAAGUACUGGAACAGGUUACUUCUGGGUUUUGGCGCUUGUGCAUGUGCAGAAGUGCCAAAUCGCGACCCGCACGUGCGCAGACGCUGCGCUGUGGGUUGUGAACGUGCCUCCCGCACGUAUCACGUUCGCAACCCGAGCAUCCACUGUAUUUGGACGUUAUUCUAAGUCAUAGUUUAGCACAAGUGUUGCUGUCUUUCUUGCGUUUGUUUGCAAUUUUGAAAGACUUCUGGGGACACCACGCUUUUGGUUGCUUCUUUCCCCCAUGUAUCAGUCAGUUUGCAUGUGCAAACUCUUUCUCUGUUUUCCAUAGAGUUUGGGUAAAAGUCAGAUGCAGUAGAAUUAAAAAUUCUCUUGAAUUCUUAUUUUCAGCAUGGAAGCCAAUGGAAACAAAUGUGAUCUGUACUGGGCGGGGGACCUGUGGGGGGGGGGGAACCAAUUUCAAGAGGAUCUGCUCUAUUGGUUCUAGUGGCUUUCAAUAUCAAUAAGUCUACUGACUGAGUAAAACUUAGUUGAAUGCAUUUGCAUGUUUCCCUUUUCACUGUACAAUCAAUCACUCAUGACUAUCCCUGGAUUUUCAGGGAAAAACAUUGUGAAGGGCUGUGUAUACUCAUUCAGCCAACAAUAUUUAUGUAUGGCUUAACUUAAACCUACUCAUGUUUCCUCAUGAGAGCUCAAACACAGCUGUUUGUAGGGGUUGGGGAAAAGUAGGUUUCAUGAAGCAGGGAGUGUGUGUGUGUGUGUGUGUGUGUAUGUGUGUAUUUCCUCUGAGGUAGGUGAAUCCUAGGCAGUGGGAGGGUCGAGGAUGCUAGUGGGCAUGAUGUACAGGGCCAUUAAUGUACAUUCAUACAUACAGUUGUACCUUGGAAGUCAAAUGGAAUCUGUUCCAGAAAUCCAUUCAACUUCCAAAAUGUUCGGAAACCAAACCUUCUGAUUGGCUGCAGGAAGCCGCGGAAGCUGCACCAGAUGUUCGGCUUCCGAAAAUCUUUUGAAAACUGUAACACUCACUUCUGGGUUUCGAUCGUUCGGGAGCCGAUUUGUUUGGGAGCCAAGGCGUUUGAGUUCCAAGGUACUACUGUACUUAUUGUCUCUCUCCCUCACACAUUUAUUUGAAGGGGAUAAAUGCAUUUGUGGACAUCCUCUGCAACAUAAGAUACAAGCAGCUGGCUUAUUAUCUUCUUACCUAAAUAAAGAUUUUUUUUUUUAAGCUAUGCUGGGAAAGAAGCGCAACUUUUAAUCUUCAUGAUUACCUUCAUAGCUGAAUGCAAAACAAUGUAACUACACUUGCAUGUUGGUAAUCUGACAAGAGCAUAGUGUUGUCCUGAAAUAAACAGUGUGAUUUUUGUACUCUGCCAUUUGGUUAUAUAUAAACUCUGCGUGAGGGAAGGAAAGUCUCAGCACUUUUCCCAGUGCCUUUUUUAUUUGUUCUCUCUCCUGUAUGAUGGGUUGGAAGUUUUUACUUUGCCACACAAGUUAAAAAGGAAUACAGUAUGUUGGUGGGAGAACUGAUUCUUGGAAUGCAACAGGGCUCCACUUGGUAUUUGGGAGCUACCGUAGUCCUCCUGAAAUAGUGGUUUUACUAAGGAAGAUCUGAUAGUUUUUAAUUAAUAAGUACUUCUGUUUGUUCAUUCCUUGAGGUCAGAGCAUGCCACAUUACUACUGCACAAGGAAAUUGAGUAAUCUUGAGAGAUUCUCCCAGUUAAGGAUGCUUUGGGAUGAAAUGUCUUCUCCUGCUGGGCAAGACUGCUUUUUUCCAGCGCUUUAUUGUCUCUGGCCAUCUGCAGAGAUAGCUGACUCAGUAUUACAGAGGGGAACAGGUCUAACCUUGCCUGUGGAAUAAAUUCCUUUAGGAAAGGAAAAGGAUUGCAAUCAAGAGCAAUAGGGGGGUAUAUAAGUUCUAAAUUUAUAAAACAGAAUAAAUAGCUCAAAGUAGUAUUGAUGAGACGACUCGUGAUGUAACACAGUGAUGCUACAGAAACCAAGAGACAACUGUAAUAUUCACCAUCUUUCUUGCACUGAGGCAACCAGUGCUCUUUUGCUAGAUAAAGAGGUGCUGGAACUUACCAUGAAUGUCUCCCUCUUUCUCUUAGAAUGGCAAUGGCACCCUCCUGAGAGGUGCUGGAACUCUCCUGAGAGGUACCAGAACUGAGUUCCUGUGAGUUCCCCCUGAAAAAAGCACUGGAGAUGACCAAAGUUAUCACAGUGGUUAAGGCUGGGGAUUUCUCAGGAAUUUGGGCUCUCUUUACUGCUGGCAAUAUUUGAGUUAUGAUGUCCUUGUGAUUUCUAUACAGUGGAACCUCGUGUUACGUACAGCCCUCCUUACGAAUGAUUUGGGUUACGAGCUCUGCUAACCCGGAAGUAGAUGCUUCCGGUUGCGAACUUUGCCCCGGGAUGCGGGCGGAAGUCGCUCGCUGCCGGCGCAGCAGCAGCAUGAGGCGCUAUUAGCGAAAGUGAGCCUCAUGUUAAGAACGGUUUCGGGUUACAAAUGGACCUCUGGAAUGAAUUAAGUUCGUACCUGUAGGUACUACUGUACUGGAAAAGUCUAAAACAGAGAUGAGGAACCUGUGUCCCUCCAUAUGUUGAUGGACUCUAACAAAAUCUGGAGGGUCACAGGUUCUUUAUCCCUGGUCUAAAGUAAGGGUUAGAAGGGAUGAGCAGAAAGCUUGAUGCUAUGCCGCCCUAGAAUCUAGACAGAAACCACAUCGAUAGAAAUUCCUUCCCUGCAGACAAUUGUGUAACUUCCUCAUGUACUUUGUUAUAUGUGACAAACACAGGUGUAUUUAUUUCUUCUGGGUAGAAGUUGGUGGCAAGCUGUAUUUGUUAGUUGCCUACCAUACCACAUUUGCACCUUGUGAGAUUACAAAUGUGACUAUCUCACACCGGAUGAAUAAUUCACACAGUUCUAUAGAAGAGGCUUCCAUCUAGGAAAUGUCAUCUUGUGAGAAACAGCCCUGGAAAAGGGUGGGGAAACAUUAUCAUUAAAGAGAUUUAAGGAUGCAGGGGGAAAAAAAUCAGAUUGAAAUGGAUUUAAGACAUGUAAAUACUUCAAGCAUCUAAUGCUUUAAGCACAUACUGGACAGAUUUAAAAGGCAUUAGUGGUCUAAUUGGGAUACUUCAAAACUAAUGUUCCUGCUUUUUAAAAACAAGCAAACAAACAAACAAACAAACUUGCUAAUGUCAAAGAUUUGUGUGCAGUAAAAAUCAGUGUGCGCACCUAGACUAAACAUAUUCCAACUGACAUAUGAAAUUGCUGAAUGUGUGAAAUACAUACAUAGAAAAUACCCUGAUGUGCAAUUUUUUGAGACAGUACUUAGAUUAAAAUCUAAAUUUAAGUACUACAGUUUAUUUGUGAUGUAUUAAAUUGAUAAUAGUGGACAUCUAGACACUUGAAUCUGUUUUUUAUGAAUAAACUGAAUCAGGGGACUGAUUUCAUUUUCUUAGGGGCUAGACUACAUUGGCAUUGUCUAAAAAGGCACAAGGGAUAUGCAGUCUAUGACCCAAGGCUGCUUGACUUGUCAUGAUGCCCUUUUCACUGAAGCACACACACACAGACAGGCUUGGUUUAGAAUAGUACAAAUGAAAUGUGAUUAGCUUUAUAUAGAUGGUAACAUUGUGGAGGAGACAGUACAUAUUUCCUCAUUGUUUCUGGCAUGAGGAAAGACCAGCACUAGCUGGGAAGCUCAGGAAAGUAUCAUUACCCUCUGCAGAACUUCCCAUGUGCUGUUGUCUGCCUCUUUUGGAGGAGCGAGUUUGGAGCCACCUAUGAACCACCUAGUGUGGUGGGAAGACCCAGCUUUCUCUGAACUGUGUUUAAGCCAGGCUGCUGAGCCCCUUGGAAUACAGCAAGAUGAGCAUGGCUCACAUUUUAAUUUAAUUUAGUUUAGCUUUUGUUGCUUAACUUUGGUUUUGCUUUAUGUAUUAUUUCAUUCUGCUAAUGAACUUAUCAUACGUUUGUUGAGUUACUUUUGUUUUAUUUGACAUUACUGAAAGGUUUUGCAACUUUUUUCCCCAAAUAUUUUGAUAAUUAGUUGAUGGUUGGGAGAUGCUUUGAGCAUAGGAAGAGUCUGCUGGGCCUAGCAUCCUGUUCUCACAGUUGCCAGCCCAAUGGCAAUGGGAAGGCCAAAAGCAAACCCUGAGUGCAACACCACUUUUGUGAUUCCCAGCAACUGGUAUACUGCCUCCAACAGUGGAGGUAGAAACAACAUAGCCAUCAUGGGCACAAUUUCCUGUGGAGAAGUGACAUACAGUGGUACCUUGGAAGUUGAACGGAAUCUGUUCCGGAAGUCCAUUCGACUUCCAAAAUGUUCAGAAACCGCAGAAGUUGCAUUGGACGUUUGGGUUCCAAUGAACGUUCGCAAACCGGAACACUCACUUCCGAGUUUGUGGUGUUUGGGAGCCAAAACAUUCGACUUUCAAGGUGUUCAUGAACCAGGGUACGACUGCAUAUCUGAACUUAAACUAGUAGGCUGCUUUCAAGUACUAUACAUGAAUUGACUUUAAAUACUAAGCUUAUACUAUUGAGGUUGCAGGAUAGUUUAUACUUAUGGUUAGCAACCUAUUCUUGAGCAAGACAUGAAUUUACCAAUGAAUUUACCAAUUAAAGCACAGUUUAGAAGUCAAGAAACAAUUUCUUCUACUAAUUCUACUAAAUUCAAUGGUUUCUCAGGAAACACUCCAGUUUCUCAGCCAGUAGUCUAAAUAAGACUAUUGCCUGAACUGUCUCGGGCAGAAUGUCCCAAAUGCCAGUUUUUGGAAAUCACAAAUGGAUAGAGUGCUGUUGCACUCAUCUCUUGCUUGUGUACAGGAUUCUGGACUAGAUCAACCACUGGCUUGAUACACUAGGCUCUUCCUAUGUUCUUAUGUUAGGAUAGUAGCUUUGGCAAGAACAGCUAAAAUAAUCUCUUGCCAUGCUCCUUGUGUAUAUGAUGUAAUCUCCAAUUUAGUAAAUUUGAUUUAUUGGAAGUAAUAGAUUCUGCAUACUUGACAGAAAUUUCCAUCAUCUGUUAGUCUUUCAUCAAGGAAGAUGAGUAGAAUUUCUGACUUCUAAGUAUAGAAGAUCAUAAACUUUUAAGAUAAAAUAUGAAUAUAUGACAGUGGGAUAUAAAUCCAUAAUGCUACAAAAAUAACUGCAACUUAACCUAUGCUCUUGCUUUGCAUCCUGAUUUUUUACUAUUCAUUUUUAAAUUAAUCCAUAAUGCUUAGGAGGCUUCUGAAUAUCAAAUUACAGUAAAUUUGCCUUUUUGCAAUUGAAAAUAGAAUGAACAGGGUAGGUGUCUAUCUCUAUUGGUGUUGAUAUUUAUAUUUCAUAUGACUAAAUGUAUUUGACUGUCUCUUUUGGCUGCUGUUGGAAAUGUAACAUGUUGGUUCUCAAAUUAUGCUACUAUAUAGUUGUUUUGCACGGCUGUUUAAUACUGAUUUAUGACAAUACUAUUUUAAAAAUAAUUGUUCAGAUACUAACUUUUUAUUUGGAGCAUCAGUACUCUGAAUUCUAUUCAGUUGCUUAUGUUGUAGGAGUUGUGCCUGCAACACAUGUUAAUCUCUGUGGCUAAUUUCUUUUGGUUUUUAGACAGGAAGUGGCUCACCACUGUGGUGAAUAUUUAGUUGCAGCCUGUGCCUAGACUUGAGUUAGGUGACAAACUCAAAUGUUCUUCAAAAGUCAGUACAGUUCAGCUGAAAAUGUAGAGUCUAGCUUCCUUAUUGAAUAUACGUAUAAAAUAACAGAAAAGUACAGUUAAAAUAACAGUACAAUACUUAAUAAAUAAUAAUACUGUAGAUGAAAAUUAAUUGAGCCUAAUUGGCCAAAGAUCUAAAACGCUUAAAAAGUAGGUAGUAAGUAGAUGAAUGGACUUAAUUGUCAACACAGCCUGUAAAUUAGGUAUUAGUGGAAGUUUUGAAGGAGCCAGUAUUUGUCUGUUCAGGGGCUAGUUCUCCAUGGCAAUCUCUUAGUGUUGACUAAUUAUUUGGGCCUUUGAUACUGCAACAAAAGCAUAUUGCUAUAAAUAUAAACCAUUAGAGCAUGGAUAGGCAAACUAAGGCCCCGGGGGCCGGAUCCUGCCCAAUCGCCUUCUAAACCCGGCCCUCGGACGGUCCGGGAAUUAGCGUGUUUUGACAUGAGUAGAAAUGUUGAGUAGAAAAUGCAUCUCUGGGUUAUUUGUGGGGCCUGCCUGGUGUUUUUACAUGAGUAGAAUGUGUGCUUUUAUUUAAAAUGCAUCUCUGGGUUAUUUGUGGGGCAUAGGAAUUCGUUCAUUUAUUUAUUUUUCCAAAAUAUAGUCCAGCCCCCCACAGGGUCUGAGGGACAGUGGACUAGCCCCCUGUUGAAAAAGUUUGCUGACCCCUGAUGUAGAGCUUCACGUUUGGGUUGUCGUAGUCAUUGAUAGGACAUUGAGCGGGAAUUGAGCUUCCAUUUGUCCAGCGCUGCCUUAACAUAAGCACUCCAAAACAGGAGUGUAAUAAAAAUGGUUUCUGUUGUGGUUUGCACAGAAACUUGAAAUAAGUGCUGGUGGUUUGCUGAUUGCAUACUUGGACUUCAUUACUAUGAGGGAUCUUUUAAAACAAUGUUAAAGCAUAUGUGUUUGAUGUUUCCUAGUUGAAUUCUGUCAUGGUUAAAGACUUCUCUUUCCCCUAAUGUGCCGUAAUUAAAACUUGUGGUUACAUAAAAGUUUUGUCAGACAAGAGUGUUUCCAUUACCUCUGCAAAUCUAGCAGUGGGAGAGGAAUAUUCCAGCAACAUUGUAGAAUAUGUGUGAUAGAAUUUGUAGACAAGUUGAUUUGCUCCUAUUAAAAUAUAGGUGCUGAGUAUGGUUUCCCCCUCUCUUUAGGGCGGGGGUUAUUGGGUUGUUUUUAUUUUGAUUAUAUAUUUUUAUUUUGUUCUGUGAACUGCCCUGAGACCUCCGGGUAUAGGGCGGUAUAUAAAAUCAAUCAAUUAAUAAUAAUAAUAAUAAUAAUUUUAAGACACAACACCCUCAUGUUUUUCAGUGCCUCUUAACAUCUAAUAUCCCUAGACUAUUAAACUGAAAAUUACUUUCUUAAUUCACACAUGUGUUACUUUAGAUGAUGUAAGUUAGUUGUGUUAUUAGAAUUUUGAAAAGGAAAGAGUAUUAAUCUGGAGAGAGUCUUAAUUUCCUAGAGCAGACUUGUAAAUAGCUAAGUGCUUGGAUGCCUGUGGCAAGUGAAAUUUGUCUGCAUGACGUAUGAUGAGUUUGAAUUUCUUCUAGUCAUAAAAAGGCACUAGCUGUCUCUUCUUCUCUCUCUUUCUGGAAGACCAUCAGCUCUGAAGAAUAUCAGACCCUGUUCACCAUUGGGGGAGUGGGGGCUUGGACUGUGUAUAUAUGCAGCCUCUGUAGAAGAAUUCAAAUCCCUGUUGAGUUUACAUUGUACAUCUCUCUCCCACUCUCUGUGAUGUGCAACUAAGUUGUGGUCGCUGCCUGAUUUGUCCCACUUAGGAUUGCGUGUUUGUGUCCCAUCGUUCAGCCUGGACACUGAGGUCCAGCUCUGAGGGCCUUCUGGCGGUUCCCUCACUGUGAGAGGUGAGGUUACAGGGAACCUGUAAAGAGGGCCUUCUCAGUAGCAGUGCCUGCCCUGCAGAACACCCUCCCAUCAGAUGUCAAGGAAGUAAACAACUAUCUGACUUUUAGAAGACAUCUGAAGGCAACCCUGUAUUGGGAAAUUUUUAAUGUCUAAUGUUUGGCAAUUUCUAUGUGCUGUAAGCCACCCAGAGUGGCUGGAGAAACCCAACCAGAUGGGCGGGGAAUAAUAAUAAUAAUAAUAAGAAGAAGAAGAAGUUUUCCCCACCCAGAGUUUCUCCAUUAUAACCUUUGCAUUCAGACUUGGACUCUUCUGUAACAGUUCCAACUAUUGCUUAAUAAUAUUUUUUCAGCAGUCCUGUCCCCAUCCCCCUAGACCAGAUGGCUGCUUGGGAUAAACCAUCUACUUGGCUGAGAUUACACCUGUCUGCUAUCAUUGGUUGUAUUGUGAACACUGCUCACUUCAAAGAGAUUGUGCAGUCAUUUUUCCCAGGUCAAGCAAACUGGGUAGCACCCUAGAUAGCUCCACGUGGCACCUAGGCAGGAAGCCAAACAAGGCAAACUUAAAUGUUUUAACACCAGCAACUGAGCCUUAAAUGGGAAUGCACAUUCCUCUAAGUAGCUAGCUCCACUCAUGAUGAGUGGAGCCUCUGUUCUUAAAGGAAUGUAGAGGAGGCCAGGGUUCUUUUGUGGCCUCUGAGCUGAAGUUACUGGAAUCUGAGGACGGCUAUGUGCCUUUUCCAGGCACUAAAGGCCGUGGCAUAAUGUAACCCUCCUGCAAAGGCAUGUAUGUCAAAGACUGGUUCUAUAGGUGAAUCCUUUUCCCGGUCCAUCAUGUCCUCUGUAUCCAUGGUCUUUCCCCCCUGAGAAUGUGGCCAUUAGAGCUGUCAGCAAUGCCGACUGCAUUAAGAAUUUUUGUUUGGAAUAAAACAGCAUUGCAUACUGACUCUCACAGUCCAUUGAUGGUCUUAAAGUCAUUUACCUUAUUUAUGAUUUUUGUUCUUUAGUUGUUGGGGGCACUUCAGUCCCACACUUUCAGGUUUUGUUGGAUACCCAGGUGUGUUGGCAUCAGGGGCAAUGAACUAGUUGACCAGGCUGCCAAGAUGGCGAGCUGCCUUGCUUUAAAUCAUAAAAAUGUACCACCAAGAGACUUUACUUGUACAGUAUUCAUCCAUUCACGGCAUUUGUAUCUUUUUUCACCACCUCCCAUUUUUAAGUCCAACAUGAAAGACUGGUGGCAAGAGCUGUGGGAAGGCCAGACAAACUGUAAGUUUUGAAAGCUGAAACCUGUACUUCAGUUGUGGUUAGCCACCUUACUUAAGAGCUGAAGGAAGAAAGUUGUCUUGACAGCACCAGGUUUGAGGGCUGCCAGACUGCUCCUCCAAAUGCCACCUGGAUGGUCCUUAGGCAGCAUGGUGGAGGCAAACAGCAGUGGGGGAAGUGGAAGAGAGAGGCAUUAGACACCCAGAAGCACAAGGGGGGGGUGGAGACAGCUCAAAAUAGUACUGUAAAUUGAUUUUUUCAAAAUAGCCAAAUACACUUUUAGCAUAGUUAAAUGCCAGGCUUUUUUGGUAAGACGUUCAGGUCUCUUUCUGGAUCUCUCUUGAGCGUUCUAGCCUUUACCUGGAAAACAGAGAGAGCCAGGCAGGGCAACUGUUGCAUGUAGCUUUCCAUGCCUUCUCAGGCCUAAAAGGGUAAGGGCUUAGGCACUAUGAAGUGCCUUGACGGUUCAGCUGCACUCACUUCAUUCUUGUGAAAGAUGCAAAGGGAAGAAGAGAAGGAGGAGGGGUUGCAACUUAGGCAAGUGGGAUGGGUGAUGGGUGAGCAUUGCCUCAAAUCUUAUUUGCAACGCUGCAGAUACACUCUGAUGCUAACAUACCAUGGCAUUUCAUGGGUUUUCAGCUGGGGCACUUUUGUCUAGUGUCACAAAUAGAGUGGUGGUGCUAUUAGUAAAACAAAUCCCUGUCUAAAGAAAAGGCUUCAUUGUGCAGCUAUUUCAUUGAACUGGAGCUGUCUUUGUUCACACAGAGAAAAACUUGUAAACACCGAUUUAAAAUACCUCAGUGGACAAUUUAAGAACAAAUUGUUUCCAAGCAUGGAAGAAUGUAUUCCCAUGUAAAAUCGUACUUGUCAGAAUUUGACCUGCUUUUAUUCUUAAAUUCUACGCUAGACAGUUUCUGUUUGUAGUCCUAUUAGUAAGAACAGAAAAUUCACUUGCUAAAGGUUUCUGUUGGAUUGAUCCUUGCCCAUCUUAAAGUUUAGGACAACUUUUGUACACUCUUGGGUGAGUUGGUGUUUGGCAAAUAGUGCAGUUUCUUUAAGGGAAAUGAAGGUCAGUUUGCCUGGGGAAAAGUCAAAUAGGUUUUUAGGAGCUUUUCAGAAAAAGUGACAGAAGCAUGGUAGUGAAUAGUUGACUUGAAUGAGAAUGUAGAAAGUGGAGAAACCCAGAGAUCAGGAAUGGGGUGGGCAGAUGAGUCAUGAUAAUAGGUAGUGAUUGAAGGGUCCCAAGAGAAUGGCGAGUGUUGAGACAGAAGGGGUUGCAGUAUGUGGGGGUUAUGUGGAAAAAGCAUUGAGGAGCUGGGAAAAUUAAGGAGAUGUUGCAUGCACUAAAAGGUGGCCUAACAGUGAUUCUUAUAAAUAAAUUAGAAGUGUUGAAGAAGCCUACAUGUAAAGUAUAUAAUAAAAUCAAAUCCGGCAUGACUAUCAACUGCUUUUAACCUUUCCUGAUGUGUGAACAGUUAUUGCCUGUUACUGGUUUCUGCAUAAAAGGCAGAACCAUUUAUAACCUUUAACUUAUUUAUUUUAAAAAUACUGUGUAAGCUUCAGUCAAUCUUGCACGCAGUGAAACUGGGUAUUCUAUUGCGUGACAUUCACAUUGCCCACACUUUUCUCUAAUUCAUUCAGGUUUUUUUAAUGAGUGCUCUGAAAUGCUGACUUGUUACAAUUGUUCUUAAUGGCUAAUAGCCUACUUCUCUGCUCCUUUAGGACACCCAUUCGUGAAUGCUUUCUUCGUCCAAUCCAGCCCUCUCUCUCUGUAGAACUCUGUUGUGCUAUAGUGGAGGUGAAGCUCUGUUUUGAAGUGGGAUGAAUUGAUGUUACUUUGCCACAAAACUAGAGCUAUAGGGCAGUUUUCCUAUAGGGUUGUAGUCUCUGAUCUUCAGUGGUAGUGUAGCAGAUUGAGCCCCUUAUAAUCACCGCUACAGGCCUAAAGUGAAAAUGACAUAUAAAUGUGAGGUGUGGAAUCUCCGUUACACAUUAAAUUUAUUGCAGAUGAGUGAAUUGUGGGUGAACUACUACCUUAGCCCCAACCUCUGCUAAACGUUCCAGACCUGAGCUGCAUUGUGUGGCUGUUGUAGCUCGGGUGCUAGUGAGUGAGAUUUUCCUGCCUUUCCUCUGAGAUCCUCGAAGGGGAGAAAUUUGUUCAAACUGUCAACAUGGCUCAGAGAGCUUACAAGGCCACAGACAUGGCACUUCAUUUAUGAGGGCAUGGCAUUUAUUUUUGCUCCCUCUGGUGAGCCCAUGUUUAAAUGUUAUAUACAGUAUCUUGGUACGGAGAAACUUUCAUUUUGAGAGUGGUCCCAUUUUGCUUCCAAACCAGUUGGCAUGGGGCACACAUUCUGGUGUUGGAAGAAACAAAAUGUAGCAGUGUAUCACCACCACUCCUAAGCCAGGGGUCACCAGUGUUGUGCUUGCAGGCACAUAUGUGCAUGUAAGUCUCUGGUACCCACAGGGUUUCCCAGUGCCCCCACCCCCGAAUUGUGCUGGAACAUGAAUCCAUUAUUGCAGCAGGCAAAACUGGAACAAUGCUGCUGAAUGGUUAUCUGAGAACGCCCUGGAGUUGGCAAAAUGAACACUCUUUUUUUUUGUGGAUACAAUUUUUACUAAAUUUUCUGUUUUACAAUUUCAGAUAAACAUUUUACAUCCUUAAGAUAUCAGUGACUUCCCUUCUUCUCUUUCCAUGGUUCAUUUUGCAUAUCUUUUAUCCCUGAAUAUUUUACAAAAAAACUAUACCAAUCGGUUUUCCAUUAUUACAUCCAUCAAAACUUAUUUACACUGUUGAAUUUAUCUUAAUGCUGCCAGCGUUUUCAGCUGCACACAAUUAUUUUCCAUAUACUGUAUUCAAUAAACAUUUUCCAGUCUUCUUUAAACAUAUGUUCUUGUUCUCUUAUUCUAUAUGUUAAGUCUGCAAGUUGUGCAUAUUCUGUCAACUUAAGUUGCCAAGCUUUUUUGGUUGGGACCUUGCUCAUUUUCCAUUUGGGGGCUAACAAAACACGGGCCACAGUUGUUGCAUACAUAAAUCACCUUUUCUGACACCUGGGAAUUUCAGUCUGAGUUAUUCCCAACAGAAAGGACUCUGUUUUUUUUUGCGGGGGGGGGGGGAGUAAUUUCAAACAUUUUUUUCAAUUCUUUAUGAAUCAUUUCCCCAUGUUCUUCUACCCUUUUACAUGUCCAAGCAAAGUGAAAAGUAUUAACGUGGGUGGCGCUGUGGGUAAAACCUCAGCGCCUAGGACUUGCUGAUCGCAUGGUCAGCGGUUCGAAUCCCCGCGGCGGGGUGCGCUCCCGUUGCUCGGUCCCAGCGCCUGCCAACCUAGCAGUUCGAAAGCACCCCCGGGUGCAAGUAGAUAAAUAGGGACCGCUUACUAGCGGGAAGGUAAACGGCGUUUCCGUGCGCUGCGCUGGCUCGCCGGAGCAGCUUCGUCACGCUGGCCAUGUGACCCGGAAGGGUCUGCGGACAGCGCUGGCUCCCGGCCUCUAGAGUGAGAUGAGCGCACAACCCUAGAGUCUGUCAAGACUGGCCCGUACGGGCAGGGGUACCUUUACCUUUACCUAACCUUGUUAUAGGCAUGACAAUGUGUUUGUAAGUGCUUGGUCAUCUUUGCAAUAAAACUUGUUCCAUGGUGCUUUAUAGCUUCCGGCUCCUCUGGGAACAAGUUGCUUUGCAGCACUGGAGAGGACACGUAGCAGGAGUGAUUGCAUCAAUAGCCCCACACAUUUCACUGUUCCAAAAUGAGGCUAGGGCCAUGACACAAUCCUAAGCCUUGUCAACCAUAAAAUAUCCUAGCGCAUUAAAGGAUCUGUUGAUAAGCAAUAGCAAAAUUGUAAAGAGAUGGGAUUGCAAUUAUUUGCCUCACUUUGACAAAGUUAACGGGUUAAAGCAGGGGCAUUAAGGAAAAUGGGCUGUAGCCCCUCAAAACAAAUGCCUGUUAUUAAGAUGGCUGCAGAAUACAGUUUCAGUUGCAUCUGAUGAACUUGGUGCUUUAGAAACAGAUAACCAGAUGGUCAGCUUUUCUGUUUUCAUCCAAAUGGACUCUGACUGUUUUCACGCUGAAUCAUAUUUCUGCUGUUGCCAAAACUGAUUUCACUGGUUACUUUAAAAAGCGAAUUACUAGCUUUGAGUUGAAAGAUGACUACACGUUUGGCUUGCCGUUGACUCUAGAAAUGCUGCUCUUGCUAAAAAUGUUGGAGUGCUGAUUUAUUGACUGCAUCCACUUGGCACUGGUUGGAAUAAUAGAUACGGGAAGGGAGGAUGUAACCUUUGCAAGUUUUGAAGAUUAUGUCUUUCUUAGCUGGUGUUCCCUUAAGUUGUAAGUUUUGAAUAGCUCACAGCUUCUUUCCCCUCAUAUUUUCUUUUCUGUUACUUGAAGCAGAAAAAACCAUGUCAUGAGGCACAUGGCUAGUCAUGAGAUACAUAGUACAAAGAGGAGGAUGUUCUCCUGCCAGCUAUAUAGGGGAAUAUGUGACACUUCAGAUGCUCUUGGACUUCAGCUCUUAGCAGCCUUAGCCCCGUGAACUAUAAACUUUGUAUGUUUUAUUUAGUCUUUGAAUUGUUGCUUGAUUUGAAUACAGGACAUUGGGGAGAUUUAGUUAGAUGCAGCAAACUGGCUAUCGGGCAUCCGUUAAAUAUUUCACUUGGUACAGGGUGACCUGGCAUAAUGCUAAGCAUAAUGCUACAUAAUACGCUACAUGGUACAUAACGCUAAGCCGUGGCUUAGACUACAAACAAGCAAACAUUGGCAUUUCCAGGCGGAAGAUCACGGCCACUGUACUCAUCUCAUUCCCUGGUUGCUGUGCUACGUGGCAUUAAGACAUGGUUUGACUUCACAUCUGAUCCUGGACUCCUGCUUUUAGCUUGUCUGGGGGAAAAACCAAUUACUAAUCAGGGUUUGCAUGUAACAAAAAGCCAAACCACGCAGCAGCAUAGCUAAGGAAAGGCACUCAAGCAGCCACAAUCUUCCCUCCAGGAACCUGGUUAUUUGCUUGUUUGCACGAAGCCUGGUUUGGCUUCCCAUAUGUACAAGUGAAGCCAGUAUCUUGUGAAUAUUGUAUAGAAAAUGCUGAUUAGGUAUUCAGGAAGAAACCGCUUUGGAGUUCACUUGAGUUAGGAAGGGUAAGAGUGGUAAAUUGAUGGGUUUCCCUGCCCCUUUUCCUGUAUUUAUAUUUGCAGUGGUCAUGGUAAUCUAUGUUAGACUAAAACCAGGGUGCAGUAUUUCAUUCAUAUUGGUCAAUUUUGGUAUAAAUGAAUGUGUCCAAAAAGGGCACAAGAAAUAUCUCCAGACACUUGGGCACCUAAAAAUCUGUUGUGGGCAGGAUAUCUGCUAUAGUGCACCACAACAAUUUCCAAAAUAUACUUCAAAGGUUGAAUUGUGGUAUUUGGAGAGAGUGAUAGGUGGGUGCACAGAUUACAGUUGCAUGUGCACCUGUCCUCAUUGGCUGAGAAGUUUGUGUUUAUUAUCUCACCAAACUAGGCAACUUUUUUCUCAGUUGUUGUUGUUGUUGUUAGAAUCUAUAUAUUGCCCUAUACCCAGAGAUCUCAGGGCGGUUCACAGAACAAGAUCAACAUAAAACACCACAAUCUAUAUAAUCAGUGCUUUUUUCUAAAAAAAAUGUUUAGGGGUACUCUCGUUUUCCUACUCAUAUUGAAAUACUGCCCCUCAAUGAGGCCAAAUUUAGAUUCACAAAAUGUGCACAGUAGUGGUAUGUGUACCCCUGCACCCCUCCAGAAAAAAGCACUGUAUAUAAUCAAAAUAAAAACAACAACCCAAUAACACCCACCCACCCCCCAGUUUACAUUUAUAUGUAAAUACUGCUCUCUCCGAGGUCUCUGGGUGCCAUUAAUCUGUACAAUGAGUGGGAAGGGGUGGUGGAAGAGGAGCUGCCAGACAUGAAUGUACUCUGCGCAUUGGCCCAAGGUGUGGGAAGGUUCAAAGAGAGAGUGUCACCUGUUACCUCAAAGUAGUUCAUAUGAAAAUGUUGCAUUUCUGAUUAUUUUGCUUUUCUCUUUUAGUCAACAGAUAAGCAACGGGCCCUAGAAGAAACCAAAGCAUAUACAACACAGUCUUUAGCUAGUGUAGCCUAUUUGAUCAACACCUUGGCCAACAAUGUUCUACAGAUGCUGGAUAUCCAGGCAUCCCAGCUUAGGCGUAUGGAAUCUUCAAUCAACCACAUUUCGCAAGUAAGAAAACUUGUUCUUUAUGUUUGUAUCAAGCACCUAGUGUGGUACGGUGGAUAGGAUGGGACCCAGAUCAUAGGGGGGGGGGCGGAUCUGAAUUCAGUCCACUAAAUGCAUUUGAUGACCUUGGACAAAUCAGCAUCUUCACAAGGUGGUUGUGAGGAUAAAAUUGUACAACCUUCAUGCGGUGGAAGGUUAGGAAUCUCAUAGAGAUGUUGCCACAGAUACAACUUGAAAAUAAUUUGACUUAUCAGUAUGAUCCGGAAAAACUACCUUAUUGCAGUUUGCAGUAGCAGGUCAAACUUUCUUAAAAAGUAAGAUGACUUGUUUUCUUUUUGCCUUCAAAUGGUGUUUAUAAUGAAGACAUUUUGGGGAAUAAUUCUAGUAGAUUGGGAAAAAAUCCAGGUGGCGUGCAUUUCUCCCCUUUUCUCCUGUUACCUUGACUUUUGUUAGUUUAAAAUCUUGAUCGUCUUUCUAAAAUUUGUAAUUUUGAUAUGCAUUAUUAAUGCAGGCAAGGGUAGUAUGGAGAAUGAAAUGUCUUUCUGCUAGGAAAUCGAUUACUCCUUUUUAAAUAUGAUAAAUGUUUGUCCUGGAGUGUUAAAAAAAUAAUAACAACAACUUCAUUGUGAAGUCUCAAUUCCACUUGCUUAACGCUGAAUAGGAAAAUUUCUUCAUAGCCUGCGUGUAAAGAGCUUUGAUUGGAGCAGACCUUGCCGUUCUCUAUUCUACAGUCUCUGUUAUAAAACAGUAUAUGCAUAAUGGGACAUGACUCAUGAAGGUUCCUAGCUGGGCUACAUGAAAAUUUCCAGUGUAACAUUAAUAUACACUGAUUAUUAUGAGUUAGUGAAGGUUAAAAGAUUUAAAUGUAAUUUGUGAUUGUGCACUGUAGGUCCCAGUUUUCAGAAUGUUUUCAGAGUGUUUUGUUUUUGUUUUCUGGAUACCCCUACUCUCUGGGAAAAAAAUAAUUAAAACAAUAAUUCUGGCCAGCUAAAAACUAUUAACUCAUUCAUGCAAAAUGUUGUAAAAUAUUGAAGUGGUAUGAUUUUAGUAGAGGAGAGUUAUGUUUAUAAAAUUUGUUAGAAUGUGCAAUGUAUUAAUAGUUUAAAGCAAGCUAAUAGAGCUUUAGUGAUAUUUGAAAAGCAGAUUUUGAAAAUUGAAACAUUAAAAAAUAUUUUUGAUAGCACGUGUGUAGAGAAUAAUUUCUUUGCCUUGGUGGUUUUUUAACGAGCUUUUAAAAGACUCUUAUUAUAACUUCAUCAAAAUAGAAGUCUGUACAUGACUGGAUAAAGGCAGUAUUGUUUUUCUUUUUUUGCUCAGUAAAAGAUGUAUAGCAAUUGCAUAGUAGCACUUUAUUUUUCUUCACUUUCUAAUCUGACUUGCCAGUUUCCUAAAUGACCAAUUGUGCCAGUGGCUUUCCCAUGCAGUAUUGUUCUCCACAUUCAAGUAUAAUUUGACCUCUAGUGAAAGUUGAUCUGUUGGAUCCUGCAAGGAAGCAAAGGCAGCAAAAACUUUUCAAGGGAGAUCCUGGUGGUUAAGCCCCAUUCAUGUUUUUUGCAUGAUGCCAUGUUGCAGAAUGAGUUCAGGGAAUGUCACCAGGUGAGACCCUCGUCUCCAUCUCCCACAAUGCAACCUGUUGCAAAGCAAAGUUGUAAUUGUUUGCUUGCUUAGCAGAGUCUUUCCUAGUAAUGUUUGGAAUGGCCUUUGUUGGUAGCAGCAUAACUGUAACCAUUUGUAUAACAUAAGGGGAGAUAGCUUUACGGAAGGAAUCUUCUGGGAUCCUAGGGCCUGGUGCUGAUAAUAAUAAUAAUAAUAAUAAUAAUAAUAAUAAUAAUAAUUUAUUACUUAUACCCCACCCAUCUGGCUGAGUUUCCCCAGCCACUCUGGGCGGCUUCCAAUCAAGUGUUAAAAACAAUACAGCAUUAAAUAUUAAAAACUUCCCUAAACAGGAUGAUCUACCACUUCUUCCUGUACAAACAUUGAGGCAUGAGCAGUAUGUGUGGUUCAUGUUUCAGGAAAUGACAUCUCUGCCAGGACAUCUGCUCAAGUUACUUUUUCCAACAAGAAAAUGAAAGCUGACAUUUGGGGGAAAUGUUUAUAAUGAGCCUGGUAAUGACCACAACAAUAUAUGCCAUCUAUCAGUCGUCAGAAGCAUCAGAGGCUAGCUUUUAAGUCUUGCUAUAUUUACUUGCUUACCGUAUUUUCCUGUGUAUAAGAUGCCCCCAUGUAUAAGACACCCCCUGUUUUUGGGGAGUCCAAAUUAAGAAAAACACCCCUUAGCACUACCCAUGAAUAAGACGAGCCCCAAUUUUAAACCUAAUUUUUUGUUUAAAAAACCUAGUCUUUUCCUGUACAUGGAAAAAUAUGGUAUAUAGCAUUAAUAGGAUGCUUUUAUGGUAACAUUCCUACUUAAUUCAGACAUUUUAGAUUCCCCCAUCCCAUUUAGGCAAAUAUGAAAAUACUGUACAGUAUAUCUGUAUAAACCAAAAAUUCUGAUAUUAAAUGAGAAUAAAUAUAAAUUCUAUUGGAACUUAGAGGAAAAUUAGAGGUAUUGUAAUGACACCGACUAGCUUGCUUAAUGUGUCUUAGAUAAAUUCAUUUUACCAGUCAUUAAUCUCUAAUAUUUUAAUUCUUUUAUGCUCGCAGACAGUUGACAUACAUAAAGAAAAAGUGGCCAGAAGAGAAAUUGGCAUCUUGACCACAAAUAAAAACACUUCAAGAACUCACAAAAUCAUUGCACCAGCCAACCUGGAGAGACCAGUUCGCUAUAUUAGAAAACCUAUUGAUUAUACAAUCCUAGAUGACAUUGGACAUGGGGUGAAGGUAAGUGGUAAUGUGGAAUAAUUCUGAUUUAUGAGUCUCCCUGUAUGUUUUCAGAAUGCAAAGAUUUGUAUGCAGGACUCCUUCCCUCUCCCAAAUGGCAGCAUGGUCAUUUUUACUGAACUAUUAUUCCUUCUGUAUCUCAGUCUUUAAAAAACAAAACCCCCAGCCUCCCUGCUUUUCUGGCUACUUGUGAUAUCUGUAUUUUGAGAAAUGGGUAGAAGGCUUUCACCAUGGGAAAGAAAGCAUUGGGUGCCAUUCCCUUCCUUUGGAUUUGGUUGUCAAACAGUACCUUUGUGACAACCGGCUAUGCCCCUCUCCCUUUUCUGUUUGCAUGUCCCAGAUGUUGUCAUGACCCAGAUAUAAUGCCACCAUGUGUGUGGCAUUGGCCUCCAAGAUCAAAUACAAUUUCCAGAUUUGCAUGAGAUGCAAAAUCUAGGGACUAGCUUCCCGUGUGUCUGUUCUGGGAAUUUUUAAAUCUCGAGAAUAAAUAAAAAUAAUAGGGUUCAGUCUGCAUGUAGUUCUAACAGCCCUUGUAGCUGAGUCUAACAUAUGCUAAAUUGUGAAUCGAGUUACAUGUGCAGUUUGUCUGCUUGUUUUGUGCAGAUACACAUCUGAUUGCAUGUUCAAAUUUUGUUCAGAUUCUUGCAUGUCUUUUCCUAAAGUACCCUUUCCCUGUGGUAUUAUUGCAAUUCGUUAGGCAAAUCUCAAGAGUAAUGUGAAUAAGAAUGAUUUGCAAGGCUUACAGCCAUUCAGUCAGAACUUUGCAGCAAGAUAAUGGCAUAGUGGCAUGCCAUUUUAUUUAUUUCCUUGGGAAUUAUUUGAGCUUGCAGAGAAAUAAAUUUGUAGUGCAACCCUAACCAUACCUACUCAGAAGUAAGCCCUAUAGAAUUCCAUGGGGCUUACCCCCAGGUAAGUGGGGUUAGGAGUGCAGCCUUAGUUACUCAUUUGAUGACUCCUGAACUACAGGCAUUACAUGCCUGUUUACAUUUCAAAAAAGUGGAGAUAAAUCUCAUCAGUGAAGCCAUAAUGAACGUUUAAGUACACAAAUAUAUUCCAACAUUCUUCACUUGGAGGCAAGUGCCACUUUAAUUAGUUAACUUCACUGAAAAUGCACAAUUUUUGAACAAGUACUAGUUUUAAAUAUUGAUGAUUUUGAAACCUAUUCUAUAGUGCCUUUUAAAAUGCAUGUCUAUAAGCUUUUCAGAUUCUUAUAAAGCUGAAAUUGCUGUACCAGUUACAUUAAUGUUUACCCUUGGAGUGCAGAAAAUGUAGUGUCUCUUUGAUUUAUGGAGUUACAUUCUCUUUUCAGCAGUGUAAAUAUCAAGGAGACAAGUAGUGCAUGCACACUGUAUUAUCUGAAAGGGAAAUUCUGAAUAAAAAAACUUUUGAAGAAGAAAGAAAAAUGCAUAAACAGUAUUUACAGUGUUAUACUAUCUUUAAUCAUUAAAGCUUUAAAAAUGUGGUAAUCAGUUGAAGAGCUCUUUAAGUAGUCAAAUAAAACCUAAUACUGAUAUUUAGAGAUUUUAGUUCAAUUCCACUCUGAAUUAGCUGCUCUGCAUAUUUUUUUGUAAAAACAUAACAUUAAAAAACCCUUGGUUUUUACAGUUAUGAUACAAAUAGAUUAUUUGUAAUCGCUUCAUGAACAAUCUGGUUUUAAAGGUUAUUUUGAAAAAAAAAGUUCUGCAGAGCAAUGAUAUAAACCAUGUCUAUGAAAACCUUUUACAGAAGUUACUUUUUGUUAGCUACAUCUCACAAGUAGAGUGAAUAAGCUGGACCCAUGACUGGGUUAUCAAGCAAAAUUGAUGGGUUUUAAUUUAAUAAAUCAAAAAUUGUAAUGUGUAUAUUUAAUCAAGUAGUGUAUGCAGUUCCAUGAAACCUCCUUUAAUGAUGUUAGGUUAAACAGCAGAAGGCUUGUGAGAACAUCUAUAUUGGGUAAAGUUUGGUCACACUCAUUGUCUCUGGUAUUGAAUGGGAGUUGUGAAAUAUGCCACACAUAUAAUUAAAAAACCUGAAAAUUGUUAUUUCUCAAUUGGUUGAAAUUCGUACAUGCAGUAGUAAGAUUUGCUUCAUAUUACUCUAAAUAAUUUUUUUAACUUAGUCCAUGUAGAAAUAAGAUGUUGAUUGCCAGAGGUUCUUUCAUGGGUGGGUUAAUAGUGGCUCUCUAGCUGUCUCUCAUGAAAUAGUGUUUGAAACAUUGAGUGCUGACCUUGGAGUUAAUAGUGUCUUAAGAUGGUUCUAAUAGUGGCUUUAUAAAUUUCAUCUCGAAAACCAUUACAUAUUCUGCUUUAAUCACUCUUUCUAUGAUCUACUGAUACAUUAUUUUGUUGAUGCUAAAUGCUUAACUUCUUUCUUUUUUCCCCCUUCUCUCUUCAUAUCCUGAAAUUUCAACUAACCUUUCAAUGCUUUUCUUCCUUACCUCUUUUAUUUGCUUCAUUUAUGCAUUAAGUGGUUGCUUAGAUUUAAGGUAAGAAACGACAGGGCUGAAUUUCAUUCUUAUUCUUCAGACUAUUACAUUCGGGGAGAGUGAUAAUUUCUGGUGGGUGGGAUGGGAGGGAAUACCGCCUUGAACACUAUUCUUUGGUCUUAAAACAUUUUUUAAAGCAUAACAAAAUGAUGAUCGUAAGGAUCUGGAUAAUGGAUGAUUUUCAUGAUAAAAAAAAAUAUACCGUAUUUUUUGCUCUAUAAGACUCACUUUUUCCCUCCUAAAAAGUAAGGGGAAAUGUGUGUGCGUCUUAUGGAGCGAAUGCAGGCUGCACAGCUAUCCCAGAAGCCAGAACAGCAAGAGCGAUUGCUGCUUUCACUGCACAGUGAUCCCUCUUGCUGUUCUGGCUUCUGAGAUUCAGAAUAUUUUUUUCCUUGUUUUCUUCCUCCAAAAACUAGGUGCGUCUUGUGGUCUGGUGCGUCCUAUAGAGCGAAAAAUACGGUAUAUUUGUGACCUCUGAUCUCCCCCUGUGUAAUGAUCUUUUUAUCCUAUAUAUGAUGUGAUUUGAUUACUUUUAUGAAUAGUGCUUGAAUUUGCAAGCUUGCCUGUCUUGAAAAAUCAAAAGUAAUGUGGGGCAUGAUUCUUUUAUGAAAAAGUGAUGUUUACCAGCUAGCCAUUCACAGCCCACUUCUGGGACUGCCAAACCUGCUAGGAAAUACGUAUAGUACUUACGUUACACUGUUAUUGCAAGUCAGUACACUGGCACAAAUAGCUGUGCUCAAAUAAAAAACUUAAACUAUAUUGUGAGACUGCCCUUAUUCACAUGGAUUCCCCCACACUUUGUAGCUUUGAACAGUAUUAGGAAGAGCUUAACAUUUUUCUCAGUGUUAUCAUGCUUGAAUACAUUCAUUCAUGUCAUGGUGUUUGCAGUCCAAAGUUACAAUAUAGAAAAAGAUGGGCAUGCCUAAAUUCCAUUGGAAAUCAGUCUGAUUGAAAUCCUUGAUGGUAUUUAAUCUGUGAUCCGACUCCUUUAGAAUUGCAUCCAAAGACAUUUUAAAAAUUCAGUUACUUUUAAGUGUGCUCAAGGGUUUCCUGCAUGCAGUGGGUUUCUGGUUUUUUAUUGGAACAACAUAUUCUUUCCAGUCCUUGACAUGUCAGGAAUUAGUUGUUGUGCAACCUAUCUGGCUUGCCAGCUUGGAAAAGCACAUUGCAGAUCCCCCUGAGCACAUGGAGCUAAUUGUGUAGCUCCCAUUGGAAAAGCAGUGGAAGAUUUUGAAAUCCGGUUGAAACUAAUUAGAAAUGUAAAGAUCAGGUAAUUGAUUGUUCACGAUGUUUAAUUAUACUAAUAAUUAAAAUGUACCGUAUUUUUCGCUCUAUAAGACGCACCAGACCACAAGACGCACCUUUUUGGAGGAGGAAAACAAGAAGAAAAAAAAUUCUGAAUCUCAGAAGCCAGAACAGCAAGAGGGAUCGCUGCGCAGUGAAAGCAGCAAUCACUCUUGCUGUUCUGGCUUCUGGGAUAGCUGCACAGCCUGCAUUGGCUCCAUAAGACGCACACCCAUUUCCCCUUAUUUUUUAGGAGGGAAAAAGUGAGUCUUAUAGAGCAAAAAAUACGGUAAUUUAACAAAAGGCAAGCUUCUUCAAGUUUGGAAAUGUGGAACAUGCUUUCCGGUGUCAUGAGAAACAACUGUGAUGGGGAAGAAUUAAGCCAAACUCGGGUUUAGGAAAUGAAAUUAUGCCUAACUUGCUCUGCAUACACAAAUUAUUUCCAGCAGCUUCAUAUCUUAGCUUAGAUGAGAGAUUCUUUAAGGAUAGGGAAAAAAUAGCUUCUCAUAAAAAUGGAUCAACAUUGCACAAUUCCUCCAUCUUAAAUAUUUCUGCAUAUGUGUUUACUGCUUUCCAACAUCAGUUUAGGAGUUUGAGCGUAGGUGCUCAGUUGGAACUGAAGUAGCAAGCAAGCAGCAUUUCUUAUCCCUUUUUCUGAGGAUAGCAUUUCAUCACUGGCAUUCAUAGACAUUCUAAGAAUGCUAUGAAGAAUAAUUCUCCUUUUUGUUUUGUUAAGAGCUGAAUUACCAUAGAAUCAUACAGUUGGAAGGGACCAGUAGGGUAAUAUAAUCCAGCCUCCAACAGUGCAGGAAUCGUUUGCCCAACAUGGGGCUCAAACCCAUUGAGACUAAGAGUCUGAGCUAGACUGAGUGGAAUUAUCCAUAUGAAAUUGCUGUUAAAGUCCAGCUUGGAACAUGUGUCUUCAACACCCAUGCUUAUUAAUUAACCAACCCAUAAUCUAGCCAGUGUAUCUAUACUUGCUGCCAUCUUCUGUCAGUGAUUGACAGAUAUCUGCAGCUAGUUUAAAAAGCAGCCAACACUAGAAUCAUUAAUGGAUCCCUUAUCCCUGGCUCCUAGAUGCCUACUUAAUAUGUUGUCUUGCAUUACUUUAAGAAUAUAAUCAGAUUUCAGGAAGAGCAACCUAUCAGUCUUCAGAAGGUAGUUAAGAAGCCAUUUAAUGGUCUAUGGAGGAUACUUUUAAGAAUGUGUUAUAGCUAACUGUUGUCAUUUAGGAAAGAUGCCAGUCUUACUUAGGAGUAAGUACUAUUGAAGUCAGUGGGACUUGCCGCUAAGUAACAUAUAGUGCUACCAAUGCAUAUUGACAUAGUUGCAUCUAGGAUUCUAGUUGACUGAACACAGCAUGGUAUAGAGUUUUGAACUUGGAUCAUAGACAUCCAUGUUCAAAUCUUCACUCAGACACAAAGCUAAUUCCGUCUCCUUGGGGCUGUCAAACUCUUUCACCUUCAUCCGCUUCGCACAGGGUUCUUGUGAGUAUAAUAUGGGGUAAUUUCUGUGGAUGCUUCCCUGAGGUCCUUGAAUGGGUAGCAUGCAAAUGUGAGGCAAUGAUUGAAGGUGAUAAAAAUAUAUAUCUGAUGUAACUGACCAUGGUAAGGAGCUCUCAGCCCCCAAAGCAGAUAUGCCACUCUCACCUUAGUUUUCCAAGUAUCUUUUAGCUGAAAAUGGCAAAUCCGUUUGUGUGCCCAUGCCCUUAACUGGUAUAAAUUUUGACAAAAGGGGGUGCUAAUGCGGAAAGGGACUUCCCCUUGAUAUAUUUAUUUAAUUCCAUUUAUGGACCAAUAAAAACAUUCCACUACUAGGCUGACUGCAGAGGCGUACACAUUCUGCAUUUCCAAGUGUUGGGCCUCCUCAAAUCCUCAAAAUCCAAGUGGCCAAUAUGAUGCCCUGCAGAUGUUGUGAACUACAACUCCCAUCACCCUGUCCAUGCCAGCUGGGGGUUGGGAUCUAACAACCCCUGGGGAGUAGCUUCUCAGAUGUAGCCGCUUUUUGUGUGCACUGGAGCACAUAUGUAUUGUUUGUCAGGUGUUGCAAUUGAACCAACCCCGUGCGCAGAUCCUUUGUUCCCUUUGCCAGGUUCAUGGUUUUGGGUGAAGUAGGAAAGCCUCAGCAGUUGUACAGACCUUUUCCCCUACUCCUCAUGCUUGGCCACUUCCUUGACUUGGGUGAGAGAAGAGGGGCUUCUGUGGGGAAAGGAACCCUUUCCCUCUGUCCCGGACCCUGGAAGCAGAAGGGUCCAUUGGAAAUGUUCCUCCCGCACCCCCACUGUUUACACUAAUGCAAAACACCAACCUAAAAUCUGCAGGGUAUGCUUGAAGGCCACUUUGAUACCUAUUGCGGAAGAAUUUGUAUUUGCUGCUGCCUACACCACACACACAUUUAGUGAGGAAAUGCUGUUUCCAUUGUUUCAGCAGUGCUUUCCUCCUUAAUAAUUCUGCAUGACAUGCGAGCAAUAUUAGAUUAUUGCGAGCGAGCUCCUAAAGCAGUUGGGUGAAGGAGAGAUGAUGUUUUGAAUUUUAAUCAAGAGAAAUAUUAAAAAAAAGUGUAAUUGACAAAGACUGUUCUCUGUUUGUUGAAGCUUCACAGUUCAUUCUGAAGAUAAAUUAAGAACCUCUUCUUUCUCUCCCCUGCUUUCCAGUUAUUGAGUUCGGGAAAAUACAUAUAUAUUUGGGAUACUUAAACAAUUUUGCAGCUUAUUUUUCCUUUCAUUGCUUGUUACACCUCUGUCGGCUCUUAAUUUUCUGAACUAAGUAGUAGAGCUGAGUACAAGAAAAUGUGGCUAUGUAUGUUUUGUAAAAGAUUCCAUCUUUUUGCAUCCUCCUUGAGGGUGUUGAUUCUUUAAUCUUUUCAUUUGCACAGACUUUCCCCCCCUUUUACCCCUAGCUUCUUGCCAAUCUGGAUACUGUUAAAUCAAAGCCGUGUAAUGAAAAUGGCAAACAUCUUAGUCAUAUCUGGCUUCUAAAAUAGCCAUGUAAAAUCAAAGUUGCUUCUCUUUUAAUGUCAGGCAUAUGUGCCACAAUCCUGAAACCUUUUCAGCGAUGCUAAGGGUUUAAUCGUCCCCACAGAAACUUUUGCUUUCUUUUCUUAGAAGUCUAAAAUAUCUUGUCAUUUAACAAGCUGCUUCUGAAAAUCCUCGUGUCAAAAUCAGUUUGUGUGUUGUGGAGCUGUUAUGCUUUAAAACCCAAGCUCCAAACACAACAGGGUUUAUUGUUCCCUAGAUUGUGAUCACGGAAAUAAAAUUGAAUAUGGUGGGUUUCCUUCCUUUGCACUUGCAUCCUAAAAUGACACACAUGUGAUACUGCUUACAUUUUGUAAUCUAUAUUAGCUUUUUUAAGGCUUCUUAACUUGUUGCAGUGUUCACAUUCAUGCUAAAAGUGGCCACAUGAGUUUUUCCUCUUUAUGUGUACAUGCUGAUGAUCUGUGGCCAAUCAUGGCUCCUGUUGUAGCAGAGUGAUUAUAUCUGCUUCAAAGACAAUGGCAUACUUUGAUUGUGUGAACUAGCUCUCAACCUAUUUUAAGAUAAAUUCUUGUUCUGAAUGCUGUGAUUUUUGUGUGGAAACCCCACAAGGUCACAGAAAUUUUCAUUGCACCUCUGGCGGAGGACAAAAGCCCAGUGAUUGUGAGAGGUUGAGUCACACGCAAUCCUAAAAGAAAAAUCAUGGAGUUUACCAUAUUUUUCCGUGAAUAAGACUAGGUCCCCCCCCCCCGCCCAAAUAAUGUCAAAAAUCAGUGGGUGUCUUAUACAUGGAUAGUGCAUAGGGUGGACUGGCGAUUGGUUGUUGCACCCCAAAUAGGGGUUGUCUUAUACAUGGGGGCGUCUUAAAGACAGAUUUUUUUUAAAAAAAUUUUUUUUUACUAGCUUGCCUUUUAGUGUGUAUCGAACCUGGAUAAAUAUUUCCAUGCCUAGUAGUGAAUCUUGGAUAGUGUAUGUAGAAAAUGCAGUGUAGUGAACUCAAAAAUUUAUCCAGAAGAAAAAGUGUAGGCAUGUUAUUUAGCUGCAUUUAUACAACCAUCCUGUAACAAUCAUAUGGGUCAGUUAUUGGGGACAGACAGACAACUUUUGGAUCCAACUUUGAAAUUUGAAAACUUAGUUUUCCCAGAUUCAAAGAUGCUCUACCUCAUGCUCCACGAUGUGGUGGGCGAUCCUGUCUUGUAAAAGUGUUGCUUUUUAAAAUAUGAAAUUUUAGAUUCAUAGUCCAGGGAUGAGGUAGUUUUCCUAGCAGCGCGCAGACAUACACACACGCACACACAAGCUCUUUCCAUACACAAACACAAGUAUUAGUUUUCCCAUGUUUGUGAUUUACGUGGAAACAAGCAGUGAAUUUUUUUCUUUUUUAAAAAAAUCAACCCACUGUGAUGCUGAUGAACACAAAACAUUAAAUUAUUCAUGGCUUGCAUUUGCAGCAUCGUAAAUGUAAUUUGUCAUCAGCAUCUCAUGAAACAGAUCAAUAAAAUGGCUACCAAUCCUAAAAAAACGAGGUGAUCUAUGACAGAAAUAACUCUUGGUGAUAUAGUCUUUUUUGCACAAAAUGUCACUUUUUCUUUUUCUUUUUAAAAAGGCCAUAUUUUAUUAGGGUGGUGUUGCAAGUGAAGCUUCAUUUCAUAUAUGAAGCUGAUUUAUGAAAGUGCUUAGUGCAGAUAGAAAGUGUCCAAAUAGAUAUUUUGGGGGAAAAAAUCUUUUGGGAAAGGCUGCAGUGCUUAAACUAUAAAGCUGAAAGACCAGGCUUCCUCAACCUCGGCCCUCCAGAUGUUUUUAGCCUACAACUCCCAUGAUCCUUAGCUAGCAGGGCCAGUGGUCAGGGAUGAUGGGAAUUGUAGUCUCAAAACAUCUGGAAGGCCGAGGUUGAGGAAGCCUGUGAAAGACUGUAUGGGACCAGCACAAGUGCCCUUGAAUGACAAGGACGAAGGGUUCAGAAACAGCAAUAUUCCUACUGCUACACUGGCUUCUGUUACUUCAGAGUAGACUCUUUUCAGCAGAAUGAGAUAUUCACCAAUACUUGGCCAGGUCUUUGCAUCCCUCUUGGGAAGUGAGGAUACCAGAUUAUUUCUUAAAUUGAGCUUUUAGGAUUCCCCCUUGUGCUUUUGUAAUACGUGGUGUAAGGGUUUCACGUUACGUAUAACUCAUUCCCUGUCCUAGGCACAUCUGAUAGCUUCAUAGACACUGCAGGUUGGUGGCGGGCCACCUCUUGCCUACCCCCACAACCACCCCGAAGUUGCUGGGCCCAAACUCCCAUCAACCCUAGCUAGCACUCUCUAGUUGGUCAGGUGAGAGGAGAGUUGGAAUCGAAUGACACCUGCAGAGCUGCAGGUUCCCCACCACUCAGUCAACAAGAAACAAGUGGUUUCCUGAAGUAUAAAGUGCUUUUGAGAGACACUUCAUGUGUUGUGCUGUGGCAGAGUUGCAUUUGCUACCGCUAGAAUGUGUAGCCGGGGUGCCGUAGCCAAACCCCUAGGCACGUCCUGGACACAUGCAAUACAAAUGUAUUUUUAAACUUUAUGUAUUAUAUAGUUCAGGGAUAUAUUGUGGCCCUCCAGUUGUGGUUGGACUACAACUCCCAUCAGUCCUAGCCAGCAUAGCCCAGUGGUCUGGAGUCGUAGGCAAAUAAUAUCUAGAGGGCCACAAGUGAACCACCCCUGAUUUGUAUUAUAAUACAUAAAGUUUGGAAACCCAUUUGUCUUUCAUUUAUUUCAGUAAAAUAUCUCAUUUGUAUUUCUAGGCUGCAGUUCUAAACCUACUUUCUUGGGAACAAACCACAUCAAACCCCGUGAGCAGACAUGGGCAGGAUUUGCAUAGCUAGAAAUGCAGUGAGGGAAAGGAUGUUGCCUUGAACCUAGUAAGCAAAGUUUGCCUUGGAAUAGGCACACUUUCCUUGUUGCUGGUGAUUGGAAGUUAAAUGUGAUGGUCUAAAGGCACAUGCAGUCAGAACAACUCUUAAACACGCCAUAGAACCACAAGUCCUUUGAGCACAUCUUAACUAUUGUAUGUAGAAAUUGCACAUAGGUGCAUGGCCACUGGGGCUUCUACAUCAUUAUUAUUAUUAUUAUUAUUAUUAUUAUUAUUAUUAUUGCACAUUCCCCUGCUUUUUUAAUGUUGCAGAUCAGUUCCCAAAGGAUUCUUAAUUUAUUCUCAGUCGUUGACCUGAAGAGUUUAGUGAGGUUUGCUUUUCUUCCCAUUGCCUCUCAUGCAGGUUAGUACACAGAAUAUGAAAAUGGGUGGCCUGCCUCGUACCACACCACCCACCCAGAAGCCACCCAGUCCGCCAAUGUCAGGGAAAGGAACGAUUGGGUAAGUACAACUUCAUGUGCAUUGGAAAGGGGGCAGGGUGCAAAAAGGGAAGGUAAAAAUCCUUUCUUGCUUUUACUAUUGCUUCAUGGCUCAUUAGUGCCUCAAAAUGACAUUGUGGGCUUUGGAGGUGUCUUGUCUCUCUCCCCUGUAGGCAGAUAGCACAUUCAUAGCAUCCCCAGGAGGUGGAAAUAAUGGUUGAAUAUAGUUUCUUUUGGCAGGAGCCUUUUGGGCUUUUGUUUGUAGAGUAGCUCUACACUGCUGUACCUAGAAAAAGUAAUGGCCCUGAUUAUCCUGUAUGACAUGAACAGAGAAAUUUCAUGGGCCCAGUUAGGUCCGCUGAGAAGCACGGCACCAGCAUGUGGAGUGUUCUUAUAGGCUCAGUAGAGUCCCAUUUUCUCUCUUCCUCUUCUGACCAACUAAGUGUGCAGGCACAUCGCAGGCACCAUGAUAGACCAGCGAUUGGACCAGGAACUCUCUGCAUGCUUCCCCAGUCUGCCCUCUCUUCUUAAUGCAAGUCACUGAUGCACCAGAGCAGAAGUCACUUACUUUGAGAGGAGAGGGAGAGCUGGCUGGGGACAUGGGCGGCAUGCAAAGACCUCUCUUGUUUGGCACCGCCUUCUUGUGCACCGUGAAGGGGGAGUAGGAAAAUUGGGCUCUGUUGUGCCCAAGGGAAUCCUUCACAGGCGCUGCCCCGGCGGUGGACUGGAUCCUGCCCUGUGCAUUUUCAAUAUGAACAGUAAGCAGGAGUUCUACACUGCCUUGCCCAAAGCUGUUUGGUGUAUUUCAUUGUCUGAAAUUGCUUCCAUACAUAUGUUUUUCUUGUGUAGGCGUCACUCUCCCUAUCGCACACUGGAGCCAGUGCGUCCUCCAGUGGUACCAAAUGACUAUGUACCUAGCCCUACCCGUAAUAUGGCUCCCUCGCAACAGAGCCCUGUUAGGACAGCUUCUGUGAAUCAGAGGAAUCGCACUUACAGGUAUUCAGUCUGCUCCUGCACAAAAUAUUAACAAUAAUUAAGACACAUAACACAGCUUUAUAGUGAUCUGCUUUUAACCCCCCCCUCCUCCCUCCAACCCUUCACUUAGAACUUCAUAAAUUCAUGUGAUUUCUUGGGAAAUCCAUUGGGAGUUAGAGGGAAACCAUGCUCUUUAUGCUACAUGUUGUAUAAUGCGAAGUUGUUUGUCUAGGAAGAGUUUUUUUAAAAGAUACACAAUUUGCUUGCCGAAUUGUGUAUUGUAGCAUAUGAAGUCUUGAAUAGAACUGUAUCCUGUUUGUUUGUUUGUUUGUUUGUUAUAACUUCUAUUUAUUUGCCUCUCCACCAUAAGACGGUCAUGGUCGUGCACUAUUUCUAAAAUGUGGUGUCUACAAAUGAGGGUGAUGCUGUCAUGAGCCUUUAUUGUUACUUCCCACUAAGUUCUGAAACUUGAGAUUCCAUGCUGAAUAGACAUUUAUUAUUAUUAUUACUAUUAUUAUUAUUCCUAAACCUGUAGAUGAGACUUUGGUGCCUGUGAAAAUGUUGGUAACAUAAAAUAGAUAAGAAACAUGACUGAUUUAAUUCCUUUAUGUGGAUUUGCAGAAGUAAUGUAAAAGCUGGGAAAAGGCCUUGGCCUAAGAUAGGUCUGCACUAAGGAAAUUGAUCUGCAGAACAGAUUAGCCCUGGCCAGCAUAAAAUGUAAUGGUAUGUUGGUGAGAUUUCAUGGUGUCAUGCCAAAAACUAUUUUAGGCCUAAGCGUUUUUACUUGUGGAGUAUUAAGCAAUGCAGAUAAAACCAACCUCCUUCUAAUAUUGGCCCUUUGCCCAUUAAGAGUUGAUAUUUCUAGGGUCCUGAAAGCCAUCUCCUAUAAUCUAGCAGGCAGCUGUUACUCGUCAGUGAUGUACCCUGAUUUUAGCUUGGACAUAGGGGGAAAAACGGCAGCACGCCUUUCUUUGUCCCCAAAAUUGCGAAGUUUAGCAAUCUGCGUGUGCCUGGCAUGGAAUGGAAUAUGGAUGCCUUUGUGGUUUGUUUGUUUUUAUAUUAUUUCUUUAGCAGCAGCGGGAGCAGUGGAGGGAGCCAUCCUAGCAGUAGGAGCAGCAGUCGAGAGAACAGCGGAAGUGGAAGUGUGGGAGUCCCUAUUGCUGUCCCUACUCCGUCCCCUCCCAGUGUGUAUCCAGGUAAAUCCUCUUGGGUUUGGGCGAUUCCUUGGUAAUGGCAAUUAUCUGUAAGCUGCUUUGAGUCCUGUUGGGGGAAAGGCGAUGUUUUACAUUGGAUAAGUUGAAAUCCUCCUCCCAUUCCCCACUCCGUUUUUGCUGCGUACCUAAGGGGUAACCCUUUCCCUACAUAAACAUUUUUCUACCUAUCCUUCCCCCCCCCCCCCCGCUGCUGCCAUUUUUGGGGCUAGAGUUUUAAGCGUUUGUGGAACGUUCCGCACAAAAUACUCGAAAGCUUUUCUAAUCCUUGCUAACCGUAACUCCUUAUUAACUCCUCCUCUUCCUCCUCUUUUCACGUAGCCCCUGCCAGUUCUGCUGGCACUUCUCCCCUUCCUGCUACUUCUGCCCCUGCUCCCACUCCUCUCACUCCUGCAACUGCCCCAUCCUCUGCCGCCCCAGAUGCUGCUGCCGCUGCUGCAGGGGCUCAGCCCCUUGCCGAUGGCUUCACAUCUCCAACUCCCCCUGCUGCUUCUUCCACUCCUUCCGCAGGUGAGUUUCAGCUCUUCCUCUUGAGGCAGGUCAGCCAAGAUGCAAUAGCAGCCUAAGACUGGUUUUGUUGAGUACUACAGAUUCACAGAGUUUCCUAUGCUUGUGUGGUUUUCAUUGGGAAAGCGUGGCAUUUCGUUUUCCAUCGUUUCAUCAUCUUUCUCAGCUGCUGAAAGCACCUUGUUAUACUGAAUUGCUUGGCUUGCUGUGUUUCUUUGUGCGUUGUUUUCAAAAUGCCCCUUUGUCUACCCUACCGUCUAUCUCGGUUAUUUCGAUCCAAGCAUUAUUCUGACAACCGCACAUUAUUGACUUACCAUACUUUUCCGUGUAUAAGACUAUGUUUUUUUUCUUUUCAAAUCAUGGUAAAAAGUGGGGGUUGUCUUACACAUGGGUAGUGCAUAGGGUGGGCGUUUGAUUGGUUGCUGCUGCGGCUGUCAUCUGCUAUUGUGCGUAUGAUUGGUUGCUCCAUCAAUGGGUGGUGUUGAUUGGCUGACGCUUUGGCAGUUGGGCGGGUGAAUUGCAGCUGCUGCCGGCGAUGGGAGGCAGAUUUUGCGAUGCAUAUGGGUGAGCUAUUUUCGGCAAUUCCCCCCUAAAAAAAGCUCAACAAUGCUGAGCAAUCCUCUGCAAAAAGCUCAAUGACUCUGUGCCAUCUCACCUCAUUUUCUUAAAUUUGAGUCCCCCAAAAUAGGGGAAGUCUUAUACACGGGGGCGUCUUAUAGACGGAAAAGUAUGGUAUUUGCGGCUUGUUUCAAAAAACCAAGUUCAACAUUUUGUAGGUAACAUUGUAUCAGAAACUCAUUGCUUGGAAUCAUGGUUGUAAAUCUUAAGUGAUGGCAGUGUGCAAGGCAGUUUAAUAUUUAGAGGGAGCAACUGAUUUACAAGUAACAAAAUAGAUUUUUCAGGUUUAAUUGAUUAACCUUUUAGGGGAAAAUAUUGCUGUACUCUAGACUUUACCAAGGCACUGCUUUCGGAUUUGAAAGUUGAGGCGGGGGGCAAGAGACCACCUGAAACAAGCAGCAUAGUUCUGAGACUGGUGAAACCCAUUCAGACUUGGAGCAGCUCACGGCCAACUCUUACAUGGAUAUUUGCUAUUUGAUUUUGCUAUUUGAUUAUUUUGCAGUUUUUUUGGCUUUGCUAAACAUGUGUUCCCUUUCCAUUCAAAAGUAUUAUGGAUGUAAAAGUUUCUGCUGCGGUGGUUCGUUCCAACAUGUUGGUCAUCAAGUGGUGAACGUGCAUAUAGGAACUAAACCUUAGUUGAGUUACUCUGGAAAAUCUGGCAGAGCACACUGUGGUCGUGUACUUGUUUCAUGUUUCUGUCAGCUUCUUUGAGAGCUAAUGGAGAAUCAGCUCAGAGACCUCCUUUUCUAAAAUGCUGGGUAGAAUGCUACCAUUCUGCUCUGCCCCAUAUUCAUCUUAACAGGUUUCCUUUGAAGUGUAAUUUAAGGUAUCCCGUCGUAUGUGCCUGCUAUGUCAGCUGAAUUGCUUCGUUUUCAAAAACAUAACAUUGUAGGGUUUGUGUUAAUGCCGAACCUCUGAAUCAUCUGAGCAGCUUUUAAAGCAUGUGAAAAAAACACACCAGUGGGUUGUUUCCAAAGCUGUCUUCCCACAAGCAGAGUAGACUUGCAGUUAUGCAGUGGAAUUUCACCUUCCUCUCUUUACCACUGCAGCCUCUCUUUCACACCUCAAAUUUGCUCUGGAGGUUUGGGGGACCCGUUGGACUUGGGUUUUUUUUUUUGCGGGGGUGGGGUGGCAAGAAGCGGCAAGGAGGAGGUAGGAAAGAUGAAGACCCGGUGUGUGAGCCAAAGGUCUACUUAAGCAACAUUGGGUUCCACCCUUUGUGUGCAAACGUCGAUUUAGAUAAAGCUGAAAUCUAUCUAUCUAUAUAGAUAGAUAGAUAGAUAGAUUUCUUUAUUGAAAGUUAAAUACUACAGUCAUACCUCAGGUUACAGACGCUUCAGGUUGCGUUUUUUUGGGUUGCGGACCGCUGAAACCCGGAAGUACUGGAAAGGGUUACUUCCGGGUUUUGGCGGUCGCACAUGCACAGAAGCACUAAAUCACGCUUUGCGCAUGCGCAGAAGCGCCGAAUCACAACCCGUGCGUGCACAGAGCUCCACUGCAGUUUGCGAACGCUGUGGGCGCGAACGUGCAUCCUGCACGGAUCACGUUCGCAACCCGAGCGUCCACUGUACAUAACCAUAUACAGUGGUACCUCAGGUUACAUACGCCUCAGGUUCCAGACUCUGCUAACCCAGAAAUAAUACCUCGGGUUAAGAACUUUGCUUCAGGAUGAGAACAGAAAUCGUGCUCUGGUGGCACAGCGGCAGCUGGAGGCCCCAUUAGCUAAAGUGGUGCUUCAGGUUAAGAACAGUUUCAGGUUAAGAACAGACCUCCGGAACGAAUUAAGUACUUAACCCGAGGUACCACUGUAUGUCCACCAAGCAUGGCAAGACGAAAUAAAAGAGAGAAAAAGUAAAAGAGAAACAGCACCUGUGUAGAAGGGAAAGUAAAGGGGGGGGACCCAAAAUUGUAGACUUUACAAAGUUGUUAUUGUACCUCACCAAAUCUUGACCUAUUACAGUACUUGUAAGAAUGGAUUCCAAAUAUCAUUGAAUUUGUCCAUGGCAAGUCUGCGUUUAUAUGCAAGUUGUUCAUAUGCCGCGAGUUUGUAUAAGUCUUCAAUCCAAUCAUAGAAGGGAGCCACGUUUUUAUUUUUCCAAUUCAUCAGUUUCAGUCUUUUCAAUUCAUCAGUUUCAGUCUCAUAUGAAGCGGAAAUCUUUAUGUGAAAAGGCAGGAUUCAGCUUUAACAUUUUUGUCCUUAUCCUGACACUUUUCUCCCUUCCGAAACAGGUCAUCCUGUUCAGUUCUACAGCAUGAACAGACCUGCUACUCGACACACCCCUCCGACAAUAGGGGGCUCUUUGCCGUACAGGCGUCCUCCUUCCAUCACUUCGCAGAACAGCCUUCAAAACCAGGUGAACGGAGGACCCUUUUAUAGCCAGAACCCAGGUAAGAUGCACUGCAGUGAAAAUCAGUACUCUAACCCACCAACAAAAAUGCCAGUGUUGUGGUGCCUUUAAAGAUCUAACCACAUGUUGUCGUGAUGAUGAAUAAUUCGACCUUUACCUUAAAAUCCUAAAUAUUAAUCUCUGAUUGCAGGGAAGGGGGGUUGCCUUUCUUUGAUAAAGUAUUAUAUUUGAAAUGUGACUGUUUUGGUAAUUUAUCAGUUUGUCUGCACUUUCUGCAUUUUAUUUUCCUCUGGCCUCACUGUUUACAAGCGCCCCCCCCCCAUUCCCCGCCCAAGCCAUAUACUUGUAACUUGAGAUAACACUUUAUUCAUCUGAAGUGGAAACUUAUGCCAUGAAAAGGUUAGUCUUUAAGAUGCCCAAAGUCUCGGUGUUUUCUGCAACAGACUAACAUGGUUAUCCCUGAGACAACAUUUUGUUUCCCCUCACAGUUCUUAGUUCAGUAGAUGGCCAGAUUGCUAAAGAGAUGGCUUGUAUUUGGAAGGAAACCUGGCUUGAAUCAGUUGUACAUCAUAGAAACAAGCAUGAGGAAGGCAGAACCCCGUGAUCUUGUCAGUUUGCUAAUGUUUCAUAGGAGAUCAGUUGAUGAAAUCCUGAAAAGCACAACUGCAAAUAGGCGUGUGAAUUGAUUAGUCUGAGAGCCUGUAACUUGACAGAAGCCACACUGGUUGAGCUUCAUGACUUACCGUAUUUUUCGCUCUAUAAGACGCACCAGACCACAAGACGCACCUAGUUUUUGGAGGUGGAAAACAAGAAAAAAAAUAUUCUGAAUCUCAGCAGCCAGAACAGCAAGACGGAUUGCUGCACAGCGAAAGCAGCGAUUCCUCUUCCUGUUCUGGCUUCUGGGAUAGCCGCGCAGCCUCCAUAAGAUGCACACCCAUUUCCCCUUACUUUUUAGGAGGGAAAAAGUGAGCCUUAUAGAGCAAAAAAUACGGUAUGUUGUGGCAUAAGUCUGGCUCUUCCACCCCUAAACCAACACCUCUCUACUGAACCUAAGUGCCUAGAAUAUAUAUGCAUGUUAAUAAUGGAUCUUCACUCAGUGCACAUAACCUGCACGAUGUCUGAAGUUUGCACACACCUGUUGAACUUGAAUAUUUGUGUAUGGAAUAUUUUGUGUGUACAUGUUCAAAACAUACCGAGAAGUGUCCCUAAAUAUGACAACGCAUAACACUCACAAAUGUGAAAAGGUGUUAAUAAUAAGCAUGACUCUUUGCAUGCUGAAGGAGAGAACCUAUGAUUAUUCACUCUUUUAUGGGGAGACGAACUUCUGAAGGUUUGUUUUUAUGCAAAGGUGUUUUCUGGAUGCUCAGCGUGUUUUGUGGAAUCCUUUGUGGUAAGAGUUGUUAAAUGGGUGGCCCUUCAUUAGUCGGUCAUUUUGUUGUCGAGGCACCACAGAAGAUGCCAAAUAGCCAAUAAAUAUUAGGUAACUCUCAUUCAAUCUGUUUAGCCAAGCAGAAUGUUAAUGAUUUAAAAGGGUAGCUUGCUUGGAUUGUAAAUUUACAAAAAGAGUGGCUUUCCCGUGGCGCAAAUAAUCAGAGGUUUGUAAGUGUAGAAUUUUAGCAGAUGAAGAUGGGAUAUGUCAGUGGACUUGGACUUCGUCCAGCGUAGAGGCAAAAGGACCUCCAACAAAGACUCACUGUCGGGAGAGGACUGCUGAGGACAACCAGAUUACUGUGGUGCCAUAAAGAGGGAGGGAAAUGGCCGGAUAGGGGAGCAAGGAAUGCCAUUUGAAAAUUGGCCUGUUACCUUUUCAUUGAGGGAGCAUCAGAAGAAGAAUGCAUUUGAGAACAUGGGCUUCAGCAAGGGAGAAGGGGCGUGGUGCUUGCUGGGGGAGAUCUUGAGACUGGUUCUCAUUCUUUUCAUUGUACAUGAAGUGCACUCCUGCAUAGACUUCCCCAUGUUACAGGCACACUCUGUACAAGAGAAAGCAAAGCAAAAAUAGGUUCUGCACACAACAGCUUGAUUUUAAAAAUGACGUGAUUGGCAGCAACCAUGAUCUGAGGGGGCAAGUAUAUAGGUAGCUCAAUUUUCAAAAAGUUGUGAGUGCUGAAAUAUUCUCAUUUAGAAAUGAGUAGCACCCACUGAACGACUCAGCAGAGAGUCCAAGAAUGGGAGUCUCUGACAUCAUUGAGUUGUGGGGAAAACCUAAAUUCUGCCCUGACUCUCAAGUUGCCAAGACUUGGGGGCUGGGAUUUGGUUUUGCUUCCAGCUAAACUGUGACCCCAAGUGCAGCUACUUUAUCUACCCGUAGAAGUGAAAGAUUCCCAUGGACUUCUGUGGAAGGAAGUAAAUUGUUUCAGCUGCUGUCUCAAAGCCAUGCAGAAUGGUGCUUAAUCGCAUAAGCACACUUCUAAAAUCCUGUUUUAAACAGUCAGGUCACACUGUUCAUGAAAGUGUUCUGUGUGCUCAGAAACACUUCAUGUAAAGUUAUUCUAAGUCUCAAUCCUGAACAUUUUCUCAGACCGGGUUAAGAGAUUGCUUUCUAAUUUGCUUGUAGAUGUUGAAUUUUUAUGAAGAAAUAUGAAGCUGUAAAUGUUGGUCUUUGGUAAUGCAAAUGCAGGCUAUGUAAAAAUGAAGCGCUGGAAAGUCCUUGUGAGUUGGGGAAUAUUUUCCCUGACUGCACCAGACUGUCUUCCUAAUAGCCAAGGAUUUCUGUGCUUCUGCCAGACUUGUUUCAGGACUGGUUCUGUGGAGACUGCAGGAGACGAAUCCCUUAAGCAUGAAUUAUUUCUGUUUUUUAAUAAAAAUAAAAAUAAUAUUUUUUAAAAAUUUAUUUAUAUCCCUCCCUUCCCAGCCGAAGCUGGGCUCAGAGCGGCUAACAACAAUAAAAAUAACACAGUUUACAUAAAAUCACAAUCAAUUAAUUGAAAUACAUUCUAAAAUCAAUUCAGAAUCAAAUUAAUGGCAACCAUUGGGCUUGAGUUCUAUGAGGAUUACCAAAGGAGGGGGUCAGACUGUGCCUUGGCCAAAGGUCUGGUGGAACAGCUCUGUCUUGCAGGCCCUGCAGAAAGAUGUCAAGUUAAGAAACAAGCCUGAUGAUUAAUACUGCUUCAAGCAAAUUUCAGUGCUGUCCUUGGCAGCUAGGUUCAAGUUGACCUGUUACUAUUUUUCCUCCCUUUUUCUUGCAUUGAGUAGGAAACCACAGUGCCCAUGCAAUCUCUCAUGUUUUGGGUUCAACCUUUCUAACCGGAGGCCUGCUUUUUUAUUGUUGUCGUUCCUUUUCUGCAGUGUCUCUUGCGCCGCCGCCUCCCUCUAUCCUACAGGUAACUCCUCAGUUACCACUCAUGGGAUUUGUGGCCAGAGUUCAGGAGAAUAGUAAGUAUGCGUUUUUAUUGUCCUUUGAUUCAGGUAGAAAUAUUUUAGUAAGCUUAUGCUCAGCUGCAAGCAUAAGGUUUGGAUGAUGACAAUGUCUCUUGAUCACAGACAACCUUGUAAUGCCCACUUGCUUCUAAUCUAGCAGACGUUCCACAUUUAGAUUGGUUGUUCAUAGACUGUUUCAUAAAUUUUGUGCAUCUACCAGUCAGCAGCCAAGACAGUGCAUUUUGCAAAGUGUGACGCUGUGGUCUUCUGCCAGGCAGAAGCGGAACACUUUUCAUGUGGGAUUGGGUCGAUUACCUUCUGGCCCCCACUGCAGCAGUGUCCACAUAGUGAUUAAACUCAGAGCUUCAAAGUUCCUGCUUUACAAUCUGAAGCACAUGCAGUCCGCCCCAAAGCAAAAAAAAGUGACUUAACCAGGAACUGCCAUUCAGCAUAACCAUAUGGGAUUGAGAACAUAAGGACAGCCCUACUGAAUUCAACCAAAGACCCACCAAGUCCAACAUUUUGAGGCCAGCCAGAUAUCUAUAAAAAACCACUAGAAGAGUGCAAGAGCUAUAGCACUUUCCCCCCCUUUUGAGUUCCCUAGCAAAUGAUGUUCAGAGACAUACUGCCUCUGAGACUGGAUUUGGAAGAGCUAGCAGCAGGUAAUGUGGAACAUGAAUCUCUCUAGAAAAGGGCUGGUCCUCCAGCACUGCUUAAUUGUCAGAGAUGAUGAGAACAAUGGCCCAAAGACACCUGGAGGGCCACAGAUGAGCUACCUCUUCCCUAAAGUGGAAAAGCUGCUGUUUUCCCCGAUGUCCAGUGUUUGAGUGUCAGACUCGAUGGAAGGUGAACUUUGAACCUUGAUCAGUGAUUACAAGCACUGCCUUGGAUCUUUUCUGUAAAAGGAGGACAACCCAUCGAAGCAGACACUGGGCGGGGGAUGGGAAUAAGACUUGUAAAGCUCUUAAUAUAUUGGAUGUGCUGUAUAGCCUUUAAACUCUAGGAACUGCAGUGUGGAUUUUUGCUCCUCUAGUUUCAGACACACCUCCACCCCCACCCCCGGUAGAUGAGCCAGUCUUUGAUGAAUCCCCACCACCACCACCUCCUCCAGAAGAUUAUGAGGAGGAAGAAGCCGCUGUGGUAGAAUACAGUGACCCAUACGCUGAAGAGGAUCCACCGUGGGCACCAAGGACCUACUUGGAGAAAGGUAAAUUUGCUGGAAGUUCUAAUCGUAGAGUUAACAGCUGAGGCAAGAGUCUUUUCCAGCCAUUUGACAUGGGUUCAGCUCACUGCACCUUCCUGGCGAUACCCCAUCCUUGAGAGCCUUCAGAUGUUACAUCCAAAAUGUUGCCCGGUGGUGGCACAAUGUGAAAUUAAUAUUUUACCAGUUGAUGGUGUGUCUCAGAGACCGAUCCACUUCCUUCAGCAUGAGGGAAGAGAAAACCAAUGUUGGCCAGUCCCUGUGAAGCAACUGCUGCUCUAUUGGCCGGUGCUGGAUCCUGGUAGCCGGUACUUUGCCAGUUUCCCCAGGAUUCCAAUACAAGCAGGGAACGGCUUGGAUCUGUGUUUACUCUUUUUUUAUUUAAUAAGCAAGCCAGCACUUUCCAAUCUCGCGGUUUGGUAAGAAAAACCUGUUUUCCGUGUCCUCCCCAUUAACAAUUGUCAUUCUUGCAAGCUUGCACCACAGGGCUGGGAAGUAGGAUCUGGCUGGUGGGCUGGAUCCUGAACUCCCCCACUCACUGGGAACUCCACUUGCUCCUCAGUGCCAAAUGCAUGCCUGCUGGGAUCAGCUUUACUUGUCUGAUUGGAGCUCCCAGAUGCAACGAUUCCUGCCUUCAAGCAGGGCUGGUAAGCCAGAGGGAUCAACUCCACAUAGGUGUUCUGGUGGGGAACUCUGCAGUGGGCUGAUCCCAGCUGGCUUGCAUUCAGCGCUGACUGCAACGAUCUGGUUUGCACUCUAGAUCCAUUAUUUCCUUGCAGCCUUGCCUGCUCCACCCCUGACUUCAAGGCAUGGCUGUUGGAAAAAUGGCCUCACAGGCCAAAUUAGGACCCUUGGCAGGCUUAAUCUGACUCUCAGGCUGGAGGUUUCCCAUGCCUGUUGAGUGACUGUCCUCUGGUAUCCUUUGCUCUGUCGCAUAACAGAUCACAGCGUGAAAAAGCAUAUUGAAUAGUAAGUUAAUUCAUAUUUCUUAUUACAUCUGUAAUCUAACAUUAAUUCAAAUUCCCCCUUUUUUCCCCUUGGAGAGGAAAGAAACGAAAGAAGUUUUUGUGCGUGAGAAAGAAUGCAGAAAGAAAGGGAAUCUUAGCCGAUUAAAAAGUAAUUCCAUAAGGUCUUCAGCCACCUGAAUUUGUGGGCCGUAGUAAAACAGAACUAUGCAGAACUACCAAAAGAUAUUGGAAGUUCUGCAUCUGAUAUACUACAAAAACAACAAUAGGUGGACAGUCCUUUUGAACUGAAUUGGUUUUUCUUUCUCUCUUGCAAAUCUUUCCUGGCCUGUUUGUUUUUUUGCUCGUAUGCAGAAACUAAAUUCAUCUCCAUUUCAUCACUGCACAAGCUUGAGAAAGGAAACAAGCAGUUAGAAUUCCUCGAUAGACCUGCCUUUUGCUACUUUUAGGAAAGCAAGCAGCAUUUUUUAAGGAUGCGUAACCCAUCAAUUUACUAUGUGGGGACUGUUCUCACCAAGAUCCCCCUUUUAUUAUAUGAAACCAGAGGGGGAGCAUCAUGUUGUGUUGACUUUUUCCAAAAUAGUUUUAUACAUUGGUCAUUUGGGAAACCCUAAAUAGGCUUCCUCUUUUUCAGUAGUAGCAAUUACUUGGUUCAGUCUUUUGUAUACUGGAAUGAGAGGCGUGGAGUAGCCCAAAAUUUCUCCCAUUUUUAUUUCUAGAACUGCAGCAUUUGAGCACAAAAUAUUCUGAAACAUCUAAAGUCACGUUUUGGCCUUUUGGGCGAGGAACUGACUUCUUGCGCAAAUAGGGAGAAAGACAACAUUCAAAUCGGCUACUGCUAAAGAGAAAUUUCUGCUGUUUGGGAAAUGAGGGAUUGCCCAAAUGAAAGCUAUAAUAUGAUUUUGACAUUGCCUUCAGUUCAGGCAACUGCUUUCUUGGGAUCUUCCUAUUCUCUCCUUUUUCUGUUUGCUCCUAGUUGUGGCGAUCUACGACUACACUAAAGACAAGGAAGAUGAACUCUCCUUUCAGGAAGGUGCCAUCAUCUACGUCAUUAAGAAAAACGACGAUGGUUGGUAUGAAGGGGUGAUGAAUGGAGUAACGGGACUCUUCCCAGGGAACUACGUGGAGUCCAUCAUGCAUUACUCAGAGUGAAGACGGCCACAACAAGAGGCAGAUUUGCACCUUGCUUGCCAUGAGGUUGUUGGGCUCCCCAGGUCUUCUACAGUGGCUGGGGGGGCCCUGUCAAAUGAACUGAAGGAAGGAAGGAUCAUUGUAAACAAAACCACUCUUAUUUUUUUUUGUUUUGCUCCCCCCCUCCCCAACCAUUUUAUAAAAUAGUGAUUUGAGUUGUUUUGGAGAAAUGGCUCUUCCAUUUGCCAGCGGCGGCUGGGCUGAGCGGAACGACGUAUUUUAAUAAGCUGACCGAUUCGGGUGUAGAUAUAGGAGAUGUAAUGAACUUGCCAAUUAACCGAUCCGUUGCUCAAAUUGUGACCCAUUCAAUCAAGACAUGGGAUUUUUCUCAGGAAUAAUGUAAGCCCUGGUAUUGGGACAUCCCAGAUGCCAGUGCUGAAGGGUUGGCUUCGAUAGGCCAUCCACCCCCCUCCUUCUUUGCCUUUCCCCAAGUCCCCAUUCUUCACUCUCUUACUGUUGGAAGAGCGUUAUUGUACUGGCAAACAUUUUUUGGGUUCACACACCAACUGGAUCUCAGGUUGGUUCCUUGCAUCUCUGACCCAAAACACUUCUGCAGCUGUUCAGCGCAUGUAGCCUGAUCCAGGUGCACACAGAGCUGGUUUCGAAUCACAUUCCUCUUGCUUUGAUAACGCAGGAAGUUGUAGCUUUCUGCUUGGCCUCCUGUUAUAUAGAUCCUUGAAAGCUGCGAGCGAGGCCUCUCUCAUUUGGUGAAAUGGUUGUAAAAAAGUUGGAAGGAAGAUGAAGCUUGAAAUUAAGAUUUGGGCUGCCUCCCUAUUUGGAAAAAUAUCCAGGAAAUAGUUUGCACCCUCCUCUCUUGAUAAGUGACAUAUUGUCCAGAUUCUGCUUUCAGAAUACGUAUAAGCCACACCUUGUGGUUUCACAUAUCAGGCUUCAGCCCUGGUUCUUCUCCCGAAGGCUGGCUGCAAUCUUCUGAAAUUACCUCAUGUUUUAUAGUUUGGGGAAUUAGAAUAGAGAAGAAUUCAAUCUCUCUAGAGGUGGGGGAAAUUUGAAUUCAUUCACAAGUUUCAGCUAAAAGUUGGAGCUGUUUGGCUCAAAUAUCAUCAUGCAUACCAAUCGGAUGGUACAAAUUGACUUCAGUGCAUAUCAUGAAAGACUUGUGGAGGCAGGCAGACAAAUGUGGCCGAGGCCUGUUAGCUGAUCUUGCUAGGAAUCCGGAGGGCUGCCUUCUGUUUUGGUUUCCUUUGAAGGCAAAUUAGAAACGGAAGAGAACUUGAGCUACCUUUUCUCCAGUCUUUCAGAUGGGUGAUUUUCUUAAAUGUGAGGAGAAGCCUGCUGUAAUGGCUUCUUAGGUUUUAAGGCCAAACUUGAUGACACGUGAAAUGUCUUUGCUUUUGGUUAAAUUGCAGCUGUCCUAUUCAGGAUCAGGCAUGGGGUAGUAGGGGGCUAACCAUUUCCCUCCUACAUCACGGUUCCCUCAAAAAUAGCCUUUUCCAAGCUAGUUGCAGAAGGAAGUUGCUGCCGCCACCAAUGGCAGAUUCCCUCUCAUACAGAGAGCAGCUUUGAAAGGAAUCCCUGUAAUUUUUGAUGGAACCGUGGUGUGGAAGAAAAUGUGUCUCCCCUCCCCCCAAUAUGCCACAGCCCCAAUCCUGACCCCCAUAACAGCAACCCAAAUGAACCAUGGAUAUGCAAAAUUCAACCACACCUCUCCCUGACCCGUUGAGUCUUCACUUGAAUAGUGACCGAAAAGUGAUGAACCUGUUAUGCUAGCCUGCCUUUCUUAACACCAACUAGCCAAAAUUCCAUGAGACCAGCAAAAAUGUCUCCAAAAAAGACCAGCAGGCAUCUAGUUCCUCUAUCUGCGCAGGCUCUCUUGGCUUACCCUCUGCAACUGGUGUGCUCGGAAAUCUUCAACAUGCUUUGCUCGAGCCAGGAGCAGAAUUCAAGCGGUACCAAGAAUCUAGCGUAGAUUUUAUGUAUCUCCCAUCUGCACAGUUUGCUUAUGUGGGGAGCACCUUCAAAGAUCACAAAAUCAGUGCUCUGAGCAGCUCUAGCCUCACUAAAAUGGGAUGGCUUUUAGGACUGGCUUGUUUGACGGAGUGAAAGCUUUAUGGGGCUGUAGUCCUAUAGGCACUGGAGCAUUAGGGCAAAUUUCUGGCAUGAUCAGUCUUUACUUCCCUUCAGAAUGCACAUGAUAAGACUCCUACAUAUCUACAUUGGUGCAUGCUCUGUCUACCAUGAGAGGACGUUGUCUUCUAUUAUGGCCGCGAUGCAACCAUGCACAUAUGUAGGUAUCGGCGUGUGUAAUGUUCUGUGUGUGUUGGGAUGCACACGGGCCCGAGACCACAGCUCGCCACACAAAGAAUCUGCACGGAGAUGCAGACUUCUGCAUAUGUGCUCCUCAAGGCCCUUGCUCAGCUCGACACGAUAAACCCUUGGCGCUCUCAUCUGAUUCUGUGCAGGAGGAGGCAAGUCUCGGAUAUUGUUCUGGGCUUUGAUGCAGAAUGCCUGCAACAGAACUAGGUGCUGGAAAGAAAAACGGGGAAAGAAAUGUUGUUUUCCCUUCUGCGCAAAGCACACUGUGUACCUGCAAGGUAGCUGCUGUGUUGCAAAGAGCUUUUAUAGCCGUGAAAAAUCCGAAGGAAACGAGGCAGGAUAAUGAGGAUGCUUGAAUUAGAGUUUCCUUCUUCUCCAACUGCUCCUGCGGGGAGGGGAGCAUCCCCCACCACCCUGUUUGGGGACCCAUCUUAAUUUCCCCCAUUGUUGAUGCACUUUAAGUCUGGUACUGGGCCCUUGACUUCUCGAGAAUACUUACCCCCCAAUUAAACCUCACCCCAUUGCUCCACCCUCCCCCCACAAAAAAAAAAACAGGUUGCCUUAGUGCCGGAUUCGUCACAUCUUAAGAGAGUUGCUGUCUUCUCAGCCCUUCUGGAAAAUGCCACAAUAUCGUUCAUCUUAGAUUAUACAGCUGACCAAACAGCAGACCUGCAGUUCCGAUGCCGAAAUAUCAUAAUCUGUCGCUUUUGAGGUUGCAGCUUGGUUUUAUUUCUAAGAGCAAGGGAAGCUGGCCUGGAGUGUAGGUCCAAUCCGGACAGAUUCCUCACGCGCACAAGUUGUUUGGAGAAGCUUCUGAGAUUGUAUCUGUAGUGGGUUCCCCCCUUUUAAAAGUGCUUUCACUAUAGAAUUGGUUUAUAAGGAGCUUCUCUGCACUGGGUUUUUUUUUUAAUGGUUGCAUUUCCUUGGUUGUGUGGAGAGGGACUCUGAUGAUUGUUCCCGGCUCCUGUGGGGGGCAGUGCCCUAGAAGACUUGAUUUUGUGGCCGUUCCCUACAAACCUCCCGGGCCAAGAUCACUUUCCAUGAAGCUGCUGCAGACGGUCUUUCCAGAUUGCUCGCCUCUUGCUGGUCUUACACUUUCUAUUCUGCAGUACUAACGUAAAGAAAUUCCUUGGAUUUUACGCUUUUUUUAUUUUGUACAGUUUUGAAUUCUGUAGAAUGUUUAGGGAUGAUAUGUACACGGCCCAAAGUAAUCAGACUUUGUAUGUAUGUAAUGUUGCAUAGACUGCAUGCUAUUUCAAGUCAGUGAGGGUGGUACUCCAUCUAUCAGUUGUAAUUUCCUCUAAACGUUCCCUUUUUUAAUUUAAUGUUUACUUCUUUUUUAAAGAAAAGAAAAGGGGGUGGGUUGGGAACGGAAAAAAGAGGGUGGGGGGGACAGGCCUGGGAAAUUGGAAAUAAAAUCAUUUUCUCCCCAUAGAGUCCUGCUUUCAAAAAUCAAAUUGAGGUGUUAAAAGUUAUGAUGAUUUGAUCAUUUACUUUCAGCCUCUUAAGUGCAAACAGUGUAAGAGUUCUAUGUAUGAUCCGGUAUCAAGCUCCUGAUCAUUUAUUCCUUCAUAAAAUGGCUUUUAUUCCCUUGGCCUGCCUUCUCCCACUCAUGCAAGUAAUGGAUCCAAGAUGUGUGUGUUUUUCCUGCCGCUCGCAUUGGCUUCCUGCUUAAAGACAAAAUCUCGGUUUCCACAACACCGGGAACAAAUCCUUCCAAGCCAGAAGAGUUGCCAAUCUAGAGUAGGAAUGAUAUAUCGCUGGAGUCUUUGCUUCCGGUUGGUUGUUCUUUCCAGGGGCUGCCUCUACUCUGCUUUGUGUAAACUUACCACUGUCCCCCUAGUUUUGCUCCUGAAGCCUUGCGCACAUAUGCUAUGUAAAGGGGAAGAGGGACAAAGACCGUACUCCACGGCUCUGCACGGCACACAAGCGUGGCACAGAAGGUGCUCUGAAGACCUGCAAGUGAGUUUCGUCUUGCUACCUUGGACUUUAGUAGCAAUGUUUAGAAGGUGGGUGGGAGAAGAGAAUUUAGUAAGAGGCUCACAAAAUGUUGGCUGCCAGUUUGCAGAUGCUAUGUGCUGCUAAAGCUCAGGUUCGGUGCCGUGACUCGAACAUGCGGAUGGCCUGCUUUUCUAUCUUUGCCCCCCCCCCCCCAUUUUGGAUCAUGUCAUGACGAUAUUAAAAAGUCCCUUUGUUCCCAACUCUCUUCUGUAAUCUUGCAUGCAAAUAUUGGGAAAACCCAGGGCUGUCCGUUAGCGGGACAUUGCCUGAUGGCAGAUCCCCAUCAUUGGAGCAUCGCUGAGGACCUUGAGUAAAUGGGUCCCUUUCCACAAGGUUUCGGGGUGGAAUGAACCUUGGGAGCUGUUGAGUUUUCGCAUCAACAUCUAGCUGUGUGGGGUGAUUCUCCCUGCCCCCUGUCCCAAGGAGGAUAACGGUUGCCAACUUACUCUCUGUAAAGUUACAAUUUCUUACCUGGGCUGCCGUCAUUCAAUUUUUGAAGUGGCAUCUUCAGUAAGUAGAACUGACUUCUAGUGUUUUCCAAUCUCUGCUGGGCGAAAGCCUUAAAUGUUCAGUUUUUCUCAGUGUUAUCCCAUUGAUCUCGGCUUUGAGCCAAACACAAAGCAGGAAACACUUUCCCCUGUAGGAAAGGGGGGCUAAUUCUAAAUUUCCCCAAGCAAAUUCUGCUGGGGAAAACCAACCAAGGGCAUGGCUAGGUUUGGUGCUAAAAUGGAAUGGAGCAUGAUGUAUGAAUGGAAAUAGGGUGUCUUCCAAUUUGUAGUUUCUGGGGCAGCCUUUGAACACAGAACAGUAUUUGAAAGUGUCAUAAGCUUAAUGAGGGGAAUGAUGACUUUUAAACUUGAUAACCGGGGGGUGUUUUCUCAGUGAUGCUGGUUAACCUCUCGGUGUUAACUUUGUGUGUGGGAGACGUAAGAGGCAGACAUAGAUGUUAAAAAACGGUGCACAGCUCAUAUCCUAAAUGAAGAUGGGGAUAGUCCUUGUUCACGAGAAAUGAUUCCUUGCAAAUGAGAGAGAAUGGGGUGGUAGCCAACUCGUAGGUUUUAGUCAUAAAUGGAUCCGUUGGAAUUAAGGAAAUGUGACCAAUUUCAGUGGGCCUACUGUGAGUAAAACUUAGUUGGAUAACACCCAUGACUCUUAAACCUGCAGUAUUAAGACACUCACUUUUUCCAAAUGAGGAGUGUUGCGGUAUUUAAAUGCAAAAUGAAGCUAACUGAUGUUGCCUAAAUCUAGGUCGCCUUGAUAUUUUUAUUUCAAAGGCCAGAUUUUCCUAGGCAAAUGAAAUUUGGAGGGACUGUCAUUUUUACCCGAGUAUUAGAUUUACCAUCUUCUGCAGCUGCUAUUAUGUGUAUGCAGCAUUUGACCAUACCUUUGUUUGUAGUUAACGUGCUUUCUUGAGAAGAAUGGCAUAUGCCUGUCUUUUUUCUUAGCGCCGUUUCUAAAGGCAGCAAACCGGCAUGCCCUGAGACGAGCAUAAAAUUUUGAGACCAGAGUUGUGCUUGGACCGGAGAAUGAAAUUGUAUGCAGUUCAGUGAUUCUUUUCUUAUUGAUGAUGCUAUCUAUCGUGUGUACCAAAUUCUAAGAGACUGGGUAAAAAGCACAGGCUGGUGUCCGUUAGGGUCUUGCUGAAUCUCGAUGAUCAGGUGCUUAUUUUUCUCACGUAACUAUCAUUGCUUAUGUCUGGAUAGGUUUCUGAAACCUUUCGCAAUGGAAACAAACUCCAAUUUGGUUUACACUGAGCAACUUCUGCUACUAGUGGCAAGUGUUUAUUUCCUGAGCUCUUGUGGUGACCUCACAGAUGGUGAGAAUUGUGCAGGAUUCUAAAGAAAGCCCUGUUAAUUAUGUUUUACUGUGUGUGCCAUUAAACCACCUUCCAAUGAGUGAGGGAGCAUAAAUUUUUAAGAGUUUUUAAACUGUAUUUGGAAUUAACUGUUGCUGUGUACUAAACCCUCUUGUUACAAGUCCUAAAUAAAAAAAGAAAGCACACUCCAAUCCCCUCCAAGCGUCUUGAGGUUGUCCCCUCCUUGCCGGAUAUGGCAUUAAUUGAACUGCUGUGUGGACCGAGAUUAAAUUCCUGUUGGUUCCGGGAAUAACUGUGUCUCUCUUUGUAAUAGUUCCAGAUAAUACCAAGAUGUCAUAAACUGCAAUGGACGCAAAAAUAGUGUUAAGGACACUCCUAAUUUUGAGUGGCUCCAAGAACUUUAGAGGGAGCUUGGAAGGUGGAAGAUCUGGUCUAGGAUACCGUAAAGUUACAGUCCCCGAAAGUGUGUAUAAAACUUGCAUUGAAAUCCUUUAACUAACAGGUGCUGCAUAUCUCCCAAUCUGAGUAUUUUCAGAUAAGCUAAGUGGGUAUUUUUAAUGCUUCACUAUGUUUGGACACCACCUUAGGGAGCUAGGUCAAUCUAUGCUCCGCAUGCAGCAGGUUUGUGGUCUUGUGAUGCAGUAUUUUCCUUUAUCCACCUGCGCAGGGCAUGGUGAUGGACUGAAGCAACGAGCCCUUGAAUGCAGGGGUUUCCAGGCACUUGUUGCAUUUCAUGCUUUUGCCUCAAACUCUUGUCUACACAUACUGACAUUUGUGCUUUAGACAUUCCCAGAUUUCACAAGUGUGGGAUUGUCAGUAUUUUCUUCCUCUGGCCUGAUGUGAAGCAGCAAGCUGGUAUCCUCUUGUUUUGAGAGACACUAUUAACGAAGAUGGCAUUAAACUUCCAAUUCCUGCUAAUGAUAUCUGUGUACAUGAUGACCUAAUUAAAAGCAAAAGUGGGUGUGUAUAGAGGAAUAGUAACAUUGCUGAAUAAGUAAUGUCUUCUUCAAAAGGUGAAUGUUCUGUUUCAGUAGAGACUUACGAAGGGAUGCAAGGCACACUUGCAGAAAAAGUAUUGAUAUACUCCAAGGGCAGAGGCGUAGGAAGGUCAGGUGGUACCCGGUGC